GGGGCAGCGGAGGAGACGGACUCGUGGGCGCAUCUCCUCCAUCAGAGGGCGGGCUUGUAGCGUUGUGCGCCAGCGCAGCGUGUGGCCGCCGCUGCUGCUGCUGCUUGAUGAAGAUGAUGAGAGGAGCGGCAGGUACACAAACCAUUUCAACUGAGACCCAGCGGCUUUAAAAGCUGCGAGAAGACCGACAAACACCGACCCCCUCUGCUCAGCUAGUCAGUGAAUGUGGAGCCUUUCUUUGCCUUAUCGUCCUGUCCUUUGUUUCCUCCUCUUUAAUGAAAACCAAACAAAUGAAGGAGUGACUUCAAAGUGCGCAGCGGGGGUGCGGGAAAGAAGUAGCCGACAGAGCUGAGGGUGUCCAAAUGGGUCUCGUCGCGAUGGGAUUUGAGUUGAAGAACACGUAACCCGAUUAAAGUCAUUUCAUUAAUCCGGUUGUUAAGGUAACAAGGAAGUUAAAAAGGCGUUUUUUCACCGCUGGGAUGUUGUGAACGACACGCCGCCUGGGACUGAAGGAAGUACGGAAAAGAGGGGACCGUGGUCUGGUGGACACACACCGGAGGGAUUAUGGCUUUCGCAACGUUUUCCCUCAGCCUCAUCACGCUCGUGCUUACAAACUUGCACCUGUCGCGAGCCAGCGACCGGCAUGCGGUGUACUGGAACAGCUCAAACCUCCAGUAAGUGUCUUCUUUCAGCAGUUACACUCGUUUUUUCCCUUUUUUGCUGCAGUGUAACUUGUUUUUGUGUUUGUUUUUUGCGCACCUGUGUUGGUAACUUGCUUCAAAAGACAGUGGUCAUCCUCUGCAACGACGCGUUUCUUUUGUUCACAGCACUAAGCCUUUGAAGCGCCACUGAAACACACGAAAAAGCCUCGAACAAGCCAAUUAUUUCCCCAGUUUUCAGCUUAAAACAACAGAGGGACAUCUGUGAAAACAGUCUCAUUAAAACUUUUUCGUCUCCUAUAUUAAUGCUAAAAUGCUUUUUCUUCCUCAGUCUUUAUUCAGGCAGAGGAGCAGUAAUGCACCUCCACUGGGAGACUGUUUCCACAGUGUUUCCCCCCCUUUCCACCCUGCAUGCAAAGUGCUUACUGUAUAAAUAUUUGAUUUCUAUCCCACAUUUAGUCCAUCUGCUGCUUCAAUAUAAUGACUCAUUUAAGCAGUCAUCUUUUCAUUUACCCUGCUUUCAGCUUUUCUGGUGUCCAUCAUCCUUUUCUGCCCACAUACAGCAUAGAGACAUCACAUCCACAGCUCAAACUUGCCUUAAUCUGCUAGGGCAUGAGCAGUCAGUAGAAAUGAAGUAUGCUUGCCACACACUCACACACAUAUUAAUGUAUCCACACACACACACACACACAUAUCUGAGUCUACCCUCGGAGCCUUUCUACAACAGGAAGGUUGCUUAUAGCUCAGGUAAGCUUCCCCAGGCUCUCCCCUCUCUACCCCUCUCAACCUGUGAGCUAUAAAGCUGGCUUGCUGUGGGGCAGAGAUCGAUGUGGAUUCUCCCGCCUUUGUCUUCUCAUUAGCCAACAGUGAAUCCAUCUUUCUCACAUUCUUUUUAUCUCCUCUCCUCACACAACCUCCCCUCUCUGCUACCCCCCCAUCUGUGAUCUUCCUUCCCUGUCCAUUUGUAUUCACCUCAGACGCGGGUUCCUCUCCUAUCGCCUCUCUAUCUCAUACUUGGUUAUUUUCUUCCCCGCUCUUAUUUUUUCUGCCACCAGCCGGCCUGUCCCCCUCAAUUCCCUGUUUUCUGCAUCUCAUUACCGCCCCCCCAUCUGCUUCUGGUCCCUCACUCACCUCCAAGGCUCUCUCAGUACACAUACAGUGGAUGAUAAGAAUUAUAAAUUGUAUGGAAGUUGUUUCAUUGUACGUGGGUGUCAAAUAUUUGAAGGUUUCCUCCAGGCGAACAGCAAGAAAACUAGUUUUAAACAGGAUGGAAACAGUCAAGGUGCUUCUGCAGCACUGUGUCACUUUCCCAUUAAUGUUAAUGUGUGAAUGGCAGAGUCACAUUCAUAACUAUUAUAAAUUUAUGACUGCAGUUAAUCCCAUCAGUCUGACAUAAAGAGGAAAGGGUGUGUUCACUGAGAGUAAGUUACGUUAAAAGCUCUAUAAAAUGCAGGUUUUUAUGUUUUGUUAUGAAUAAUAGUCCUGCAUAUCAGUUUUAAUUAGUGUUUUACUGUGCUACCACUAAAAUGAUUUCACAGCACACUAAGGUAGUCUCUUGUUAGCACAUUUUGUAGUUUUAAACAGGCAUCUGUGAGUUAAAAUGACAAAUAUGUGCUUAUUUUAAUGAAUUCAGAAGACUGCAAGGAAACGAGGAAGGAGGAAGAGAGGGAGAGAGAGAGGGACAGAGUGCAGGUGUGAGUCUUCAUGCCUGCGUGUGCGAAAAACCCUCUCCCUUCUCUUCAGCGAGAUACAAAUCUCUAAAAUAAUGCAAGAAUUGACCCAGUUUGCAGGUAGCAGACAAAUCCUCAGAGGCUAUGGUAAGAAUACUGAUGGCCAUCAAGCUUUAAAAAAAGGCCUCAGGCUUGGGGCCACUUCUUCCACCACUCUAUCUGCAUGCACAGAGAACCUGCAGAAGGCCUCAUUUGUUCAAUAAUGUGGCCCCUUCCCUCAUCAGCUCUUCCAGCUCUUGCUCUGGAGACGCAGCGCUCAGGAGAAAAAGGAGACUGCCAUAAACGCGGGGCCUUUAGGGGCAGAAAUUCUUGGUCGAAGUCUCAAUGUUUUACCCUUGAGCGCAGCAUUCAGCGCAGAUGGUUAUGGCACAGCUGCAAGAAAUGGGAUCACUCGGAACCAAGCUGUUUGUCCCACAGCCAUGAAAAUUUAUGAUAAGGCUCAGUCAGAAACAUCUUACUCUGGUGAAUUGGAAGGCAAAAGGCCACUGUCACACAGACGGUUUCCAGUAAUACUGAGCUGUUUGAUUCUUUCUUUGCAGGUUGUCUGAGGUAAACAACAUCAGGCGAUUUAUUAUAGCUUCUUCCUCUGCCACGGACAAUUUGAACUGAGAUGUCUUGAUUAUCAUAACCCAAAGAAAUGGCUCAGAGUGCUUUGAUUACCGCCCAAGUCCGUCACGAUCGCACUACCCCCCCAUUAGAAAGUGUUGCUCUCAGCUUCCGCUCUCAGCAGCGCGCCUGGCCAACUCGUUACAGAUGUCCCCGCUAAUGGCUGACUGAGGCAAGAAAAAACACACACGCAGGCCAUUAAAUCAUCUCGCAUCUGAGGCCAUCUGCCAAUUAGAGGGGGGAGAUGUGGAACAUCUUGAGAGCACCCGGGAGCAGCGGUGCACUGCGGUAGCCUUCCCUACCCACAAGCGGCAUCCUGUACUCCUGCUACCUCCUCCCAUCAGGUGUUUGGCCUUCGCAGUUCCACGGGCCACGUCUUUUGAAUUGGGCACCCCAUGUCCGCAUGAUCAAAACAACAGCGUCGCUUCCAUCUACUCCCUCACUCCUACCCCAAGAGACACCGCAUCUCUUCUAAUGCUAAUAACUAAGCGGGACACCAAAGCAAGAAGUCUUUGCACAGGCGUAGGAAGAAUUAGCAGGGAAUUGGUUUUGAAAAUGUGCCACAAAUCUCUUUGCAAAAUUGCCAUUCCCUCGCCUGCUCAGCAGGAUGAAAGUCUACCUUUGCAGUCUGUGGUUGAGUUACAGCUCUGUAUGUUUCAAGCUACACAUUACAACCCUGAUUUGGACCUAAAGCAGUAUCUGUCAGGCGCCUAGACCACAUAGAGGAAAAAAAAAACAUUCCAAUCCCCGGCACAGUCCGCAGUGCAACAUUAAUUAUCACCUUGACAAAUAGCUUUCCUGUGACUUUGAGGUACAGAGGCCCGGUGGUCAGUGUUGAGGUGAGGCGCGGUCUUACUCAACAGGCUCAUUAACCACCAGGGUGGUCCGAGGGGGUGAGUGCAGAGUAAGAUAGCGUUGGAGGACAGGGCAGUGGUGAUCCAUGACAUCCCAUCAGGGGAAAGAUAUUUAGGUGCAGUAAAUGGAAUCUUAACUGGGAAAUAAAGAAAGGGGAGGGUGGAUAAAGUGAUGGAUGAGGGGAAAUCAGGAAAUAGAUGGUGGUAAAGAGGAUACAAAGAGUGAAGAGAAGAAGUGGGCGCAUUGGAAGAAUAACAGGCCAGAAUGAUUGCGGUGGAGUCGUGUUUCGGAAGAGGGAAGAGAAGGACAGAUUGAUUGAGUUGGCCAUAAGUCAGAACAGGUGAAAGAGUGCGCGGGUUCUGCCGGAUAUGGAAGUGAGGUUAUUUGGCUGAGGGUGUUGUAGCUGCUGCUUUCUGAAGAGAUGAUACCCACGGGUGUUGAUCCAUGCUAAUAUGGACAGCAGCUUGGUCAUUCAUGUGGACCGAUGCUCAGAGACAAUAGCAGCCGCCAUUCACCUGCGCAACACGGUGCAUAGAGGAGACAAGUGGAUUCGAUACCUGAUUACAUGCACGUCCGUCUGCCUGCAGCUCUGUCUCUGGGCUGCCUCGCCAAUUUUGCAUACAAAUGCAUUUUAUUCACUGGCUUUCAAUUUAUCCUUUCAUAUUCAUUGUUCCAUAAAAAAGCCUCAAGCACCGUUCGAGAGCAUAUAGUUUUUUCCUAGUCGGAGUUGUGUUAAAUGUAGUUAACACAAAAAAAACAGAAUGACCUUUUAUUUUGUUAUUAUGCACAUCUAAAGAGGUAUUUCUUUUUUAACCAAUCAAGUUGCUUGGGAACAUUUGAGUGCUUUAUAGUGUUUCUUAUCCUCUCUCAGACAUCCAGGAGAUUACUUUGAUGAACGGCGCUUUUGAAUGAACAGCUGACUUGACAACACCUGGCUUCAUUAUGCUGGUGGAUGUGCAGUGGUGUCUCAAGGCGUACUGGCUUGCUAAGUGGUGUGCUGGCCAAUUUUAGAUCAGUGGAAUUUGCUAUGAGUCACAUAAAUGGACAGAGAACCAGCUGAAAGGAUGUUUAAUGCUUCAUAUGGAUCCCAGAGUGGGUGUGUGGAUCAAUACAUUUAUAUGGUAUGGGAAGGUGAAUGGACCCUGGCCGAACAAAAACACAACAAGGUUGCUUUCUGAGCAGCAAUCAAUCUGGGGUGCAUCAGGUGAUCAAUGUUCAAAUGCAUUUUUAAUUGGAUUUCACAGUGUCAGUAAAUCGCCAUGAAGUAUUUGGGGCUCAGCUCGGGAAGCUCAGAUCAAGUGUUGCCUUGGAACAGCGUGCUGGAGAAUUGAUUAUUACAGGCUUGUCAGUCACUGCUCCAGGGUUCAUGCUCCACAGAGGCCUUAACUACAAGGCUUUGGUGAAGCAGCAGCAGCGCCUGGUUCAGAGCCGACAAAGGUGGAAAAAGCAAGAGGAAUAUAAAGGAAAAAUGCAUAUGAGAAGGGCUGUGAGGCCAAAAACAAACCAUAACUUAUUCCUCCACAGGCGAAAAUAAUUCAUCGGGGCAUUGAUUAUCAAGUUUGCCCGCUUAAAAUAUUUAAAGGUUGCAUGAAAAUCAGUAUGCAUUAUAUACAUUUUUCAUCCGCUGAGUAUUUCAAAUGAGCUGGAGUAUGCAGAAAGCGGUCCAUCAAUAAUUCUGAUUCGGUAUCAGGACUCUGCCUCUGUUUUUAUGAGCCAUGUGCUCACCAAUUGCAGAUAAACGUUGAGUUAAUACUACUACUUAUUACCUUGUUUUCUUACUUAUCACCCAGCUGUGUUAAAUAUUUGAUUGCGAUUGGUCAAAAGCAACACAACGGACAACUUGAUCACACAUCUAUGGAGUGCUAUUUUUAGCAGUAUAAAUAUUCAUAUUUUAAUGAUGAGAAUAAAAUCAUCUUUAAAUUAAUACCUUGUUUCGACUUGUUUAUACAUUUAGUUGGUAGCAGGGUGAUAAUUAUGAUGAUGUAUAUAGUAUGCAGGUUAGAUCCCCUCAGGGUGGACUAGAGUGGAGAGGUCUGGUCUCACUCUGUUGGGAUUUUAUUUUGAAAAAUCUCCCUCACUUAUUAUAAUCCCUUAUAAAGAGUACAGCCUUUAAGCUAGGUGUCAUGCGAUAACUUUCGUUCAUGUAAAACAGGACAGUGUGUGAUUGGUUUCAGUUAUGGACUAUUAACGCUGAGUUUAAAAAAAAGAGUAUUUAUUGCUCAUCACAGGAACAUAAAAAAAAACAGAGAAAAUAGAAAAUAGAGCAAAAUUGUCUGAAUUUGCAUUCUUGGCUGCAGCUCCAGGUAAACAGUAAUUUGACGUUACAGAGGAGUGAACACCAGUGAAAUUAAAAGGUGGGAGUGGAUAUUAGUUAAAGCUCAGGCAGAGACACUUAAUCAACCUGAAGGACAUAAAAAGGAAAAACAGUUUUUUCAAAAUAAAGUCUACCUUUUUUCUUCUUUACUUUUUCCUCUAUGGUCCCCUUGGAGGACUUAGGCCCCCAAAGCCCGCUCAGCUUCAUUAUUAAAAGGAAUUGGCUGGUUUGGUGGGCCAUUAUAGUCUUUUCAUGGGUCCUGAUGAGAAAGCACUCUGGGACUCGUCCAGAGCUUCUCCAGGUGAGGGGGUUUCAAAAAAAAAAAAAAAGGAGAAACAUAGUUUGGGACCUCAUACAGCAUCAAAGCCAUUAGCAUGCCUUGCGCUCCAAGGUUAUAAAAACUGCACUUAACUGGCAGUGGGAACCCACAGGAGAUAGUCCUGAUCCCAGACAGGUAGAACCAAUUUCAGACUCAAUGAUUUGAAUGCAAAUGCUUUCUACAAAGAGGGCUUCCCUACGUCCGAAUGGCAGCUCCACAGUACAUUACACUGGGAGUCUGUACCGCAGUGCCCGUUACCCACUGGGAAAUUACACUGCUGCUAUGAUGGAAAUGGCUGCCAUGUAGGAAAAAGAUCAAAGCGGUUGAUAGUUGGAUGGUCACUGGCUGGAGUUUGAUUAUUUGGGAAAUGGGCCUUGUUACGCUACAUUGCCUGGAAAACGAUAUGGCAUCCGCAGCAGUUGGUCAAAAUAAUUUGUUUUGUUAUUGAAGCAGAAGGCCUCAUCUGAGGUAUGGCAAUUGAGGCAGUAUUUCUCACCGACCAGCGCCCUCAGAGUUAUCAGUGUCCCUUCAUAAAAAGGCAGCGAGUGAGGACACAGGUUUGUGCUCUGUCAUAUCUUGUUCUCUGUUCAUUCCCUUCAGGUCUUGAGCCGUGACAGGUCUUCCCUCUAAUGCUCUCGGGUGCUUAACAACAGCGGUUUUUCGGGAAGUGGAAAGUGUCCUCACAGCUUAGUGGAUGAUACGGCUUCAGUUUUCCUUUCAUGUGAGGGCAAUUUCAAAUAUGGGCAACGUAAUAAUUAGGUAUUCUGUUAUAAUUGAGAUUUUUCCUUUUUGAAGAUGUAAUUAUACCAAGGUCUGAGACCCUUUGGCAGCAGUCAUCUCUGUAAUGAGAAUAUUUGAAGAAAAUUGAAAUCUCUCUCUAGUGCUCUGUGCAUCCAGAAUGACAAAAAGUAAUUUGACCCUUCAGCCGCAGAAGCAGCAGCCACCACCUUCAGUGGCUGAAUGUAUCCCCUUUAUACUGUUAGAGGGAACAUUUAAAUCAGUGCAUCUUCAAGCGAAACUUCUCUAUUACAAAUAUGAUAGCAGGGUCUUUAGAGCUUGAAGGUGUGAUGUAAGUGGAUUGGAUGGGGAGCUACCUUCUGGCAAAAGAAUUAAAGUAAAAUUUCUUGUGAGGGGGCUGGAGGGACGUGUGGCGCAAAAAUUUCCUUUGCAGACAUUUAGGUACUCUGCCUGGCGAGGUAGACACACAGAGUCACUGGAGAGAGCCUGUAGCUGUUGUUAACUUUACAAUAUGACCUGUGCACACAAGCCAUUACACAGUGUUUGAGCUAAAAUUGUCUGUGAGGAGGUCAAACGGCCCCUUAGUACUUUUCCAGGGUGUCAAGUCUGCAAUCGAGAGGGACAACUAACAGUACAGUGAGUGCUGGAAAAUAGAGGUUGAGGGAGAAGGCACUGGUAUAUGACUUUCAACAUAUUAUGGCUUGGAUGUCUCAAAAAGUAAUACAAUAGAUACAUGUGGUUGAUAAAAGUAGGUUAUGUUUUUUGACAGUUUUCUUUUUUUGAUCCUAAGCUAAGUUAGCGUUGGCAUAUUUAGAGACUGAAAGUAGUAGAAGAAACAGGUAAAAUAGGAGCUAUUCAGCUCUCAGACACUGUUGUCUUUAGGGGCAUGAUGAAAGUUAGUGUCAUAAUUAGCUUUUCGUACGAGCAUAUCAAUGGGCUAACGCAGGCGCUUGUUCCGCGAUCGUCCUCUCUAUUUCUCAGAGCCUGGCCUGCAUAGCGGGGCUUAGGGGGCGGAGCUUGGAUUUGUGAUGUAUGAAAUCUUACUGUUUCUGAACCUGCGGUUUGGGUCUGCUAGAGAUGCACAGCGUUUUGAAUGCAGAAAUACUCAGAAAUGCAAUUACAAACUUCUUUUUCUCAUGAUAGGUUCUCUAGUAUCAGAAAAAUACCAUAUGAACAUGUAGACAACAAGAAGAACAUGAUUUUCAUCGGAGUGGGUCUUUAAAGUGUUGAUGAUAGAGGACUUCUCUUCCAGAUGACAUGUCCUCUGACUAGACUGCCUCCCUUCUGUGAACCACUUAUUUGCAUGGUGUUACUGGAUGCUUACUUCUAGCACAAUAUUGAUAUUAAUUUUUCUGAUUUUAAGUUUUGAUGUGACUUACCUUGACUUUUAGUGAGGGAUUAUGACUGUUGUCUACUAUACUAGAGUUAGCUGUUGGUUGGUGCCUUGCUGUUUGUAAGCAAAAAGCUGAAAAAGGACGUGGUUCGACAGUAAAUGGCAGUUCACUGAUAGAAAGAUUGAUCACUCUAUUAGUCUUGGUGAACAGCAAAAUCACCCAACGCUGUGCUGUAAAUAUAUAUUGCACUGCGCUUUCAACACUAUGUGCUUUCUUAGGUUACAGUUACCAGGUCUGUUUUGCUGUUCGAGCAACUUUCAGAGUAAAUGUGAAAUCUUGUGAAAUCCAUAAAAAAAAGAAACCGUCUGCUUUGAUUCAGCUUUCAUGUUUCCUUUGAUUUCAUUGGGAACAAUAAGGAGCCGUAAAGUUUUAGUGCUGCAACAUUUUGUGUUUUUACAGGAGGCACAGCUGCAACGGCUCACCCCUUGCCUCAAACACUGAAUAUUCAGUACAAAUUCAGCAGAUCAGAGCACAGCUCAGUCAGUGGCAUCUUGCACUUUUUCCUUCCGUGUUUCUUUAUCUUCAAACUCAUCAUUUAAUCAGGUCUCGUGUAGGUCUGCAUCAAAAAUCUGUUUGGAAUUCAUUUGCUGCCUUGAUGUGUAAAUUCAGUUAUGGUUAAUACAUGAGCCACGCAUAAUCAUGUCUCAACACUCACACACGUGCACUUUUUUUUUUUUUUUCCUGGUGUUCUCACUCAUUGAUUACACGGACAAUACGUGACUCAUCUCGCACUACUGGCAUGCUCCAUCAAUGAGUGCGGGGGUUCCUCGCCCCUCCUCUUCCUUUGCCUCCUCUCUAUGGAUCAGUGUGUGUUAUUGGUAAGUGCUCCACUGUGCGGUCUGUUAUUUGCAUUUCUAACAGCUGGGGUGGUGAGGUCCUGCUUGUUAUCACGAAAUUUUUUACACUUGACUAUUAAUGGCUAGAUUAUGGUGGAACAGUAAAGCCGCGCCAGUAAUCUACCUGUUCAAAUGAUCCCAUCGUUUAAUGCCUGCAAAAUCUCUUCUUGGCUCCUGCUGUGCUUUGUUUGUUAAGGUAUUUAUUUAGUUUGUUCAGCUGCCUUUUUUUUGCUUGUUUUCGGCUAUGUACAGCAGGCAUCUGUGUGUGUGGUUUUCAUGACCGUAGUAGUGUGAAAGCCACAUUUCUUACAUGCACUUUGUUCUGUUUGUGUGAGAAAAUAGUGUUUUUCCUGUAACCUGUGUAAUACUGCGUGGGACUGCUCCUAAACCAGCGUAGUGUGCAAAACUGGGAGGCACACAUCCCAGAUCCCCACCAUGCUGUGUGUGGGUGUAUAGAAUAUCAAUGUCCCUGCUGGGCUCUUGCUCUAAUUGUAUGUGUGGCUCAUAUCAGGUUGCAUUAAGGUGUUUUCAUGUCUGACCGUUCGUCUGGGUUACUUGUACAUGUGUGUUUGCAUACAUGCUUGUUUGAUGGUUGAAAGUCGAGUAAUGAUUGUGUCUCGGCCUUCUCUCUCUCACUCACGCCUGUGUUUCCUCUCAUUUGCCUCACAGAGCAGCAUCCCUCGCCGUCUUCUUGCGGUGUCGUUUGAAGUGGAUUUUUUUCCUGCUCAGCCCUUCUGUUCCUGCUUCGUUCUCACCUUGUGUGGAGUCAAUGGGAAGUCCCAAAAGAGCGCUUCGCUCAACCGCAUUGCUGUGCGUGGGAGGAGAGUGGGCACUACCGCCCUUUCCCCUCCCUUUAAUUUAUUGCUCUAUUGCUACUGAGCGACUGAAUCAAAUAUAUUGUGUCAUUAUUUAGGAAUUCUUCCACCUGCUACACAUGCACUUGUUUUCCUUGUACCGAUUUCCUUUUUUCUGCAGUCUGCAUGUUCGUGUGCGUGUAUGAUGUAUGUACAGGUAGAGAUAGAUGGUUAUGAUAAAUAGAUUUGCUUUUGCAGCACUUAAAGGGAUUCUGUGCCACUUCCCAGGAGAAACAGGAACAGAAAGUGGAAGUGAAAGUUACGACAAAAAAUAACUAAAAGGGGGAGAAAGAAAGUCAGUCAGGUUGGGGGGAGGGGAGAGUAAAAAGGAGAUAAGAGGGGGAGAUACAAGGCGGUGCAGAGAUGUAGAGUGAAAGUAGGGAUAUAGGGGAUAAGGAGGGGGAUGUUCAUAUGUAGCAGCGAGAAAGAGUCUGUAUGGCGAAUAUUAAUGGCUUGUCAAGAAGUGGAGUAUCUUUUAAAGACCUCAACCUUUCCUGUAGUGCUCAUGCGUACUGUGUGCAAAACCUGCAGCAUGGAUGCACCGCUGCAAACACACACAAGACAACUGCACCAGUGGCAGUUGUUUGUAUUGGAAACGUGUGAUGCUUUGACAGUGAAAUCUGAACACUUGAAGCAUCACAUUUGUUGAUUUAUUUGUCACUGUUUCAUUUUUUUGGUUUUUGAGCGUUUGUUUGGCCUCAGAAAUUAUGUUUAUCAGAGGUGAGUCGUUUGUUUUUCUGUUUUUAUCGGGAUCAGCUUGCCUGGAUUUCUGUCGCAGAACACCUGCUCCACAUGCUAAAUCAGAUACAGCAUCUAUCUCUAUCUAUCUGUCUAUCUGUCUGUCUGUCUGUCUCUAUCUAUCUGUCUAUCUAGGCUGCACAAUAUUGGAAAAAACUAACAUUGCAAUUUUUUUCAACCCUGCUAUAUAUAUUGUGCUUUUAACAAUUACAGGAAUUUUCUUUAGAUUUCUUUAAAAUAGCACUUUACGCUUUGUUGCACUGCUGAAGUCUUGUGGACAAUUAACCUGCACUGAUCUUACCUCUUUUUGUGAGUGUUAGUAGAAUGGCUUCUGUCUGUCUCAGAGAUAUUUCUAGUUUGCUUUUAUUGUGCUGGAAUGUUAUUGUGGCAACAGAUGAACACAGAACAUGUGUUUUGGUCGAUAUCAUCCUUCUUGUAACCGAAAUAAUAACAGAUAACUGACGUUGCUUUUCUUUAUUGGCAACAAGUCUUCAUUUACAGUGGUUUUCUCUUGUUCAUCGCUCAUUUUGCGAUCGUUGUUGUUGUUACCGGUGUUGUGCUGAGAAACACAUGCCCGCCGGGAUUUGCAUGCACCUCGUUUAACACACACACAGCUUAUAGUAGAGUGGUCGAUGGAAAUUUAUAAUUUUAAACCCAUACAAUUCUUAUUUGUUUGGAUAAACAGUGACGGGUAUGUAGUUCUGAAAGAAAUUCUCUGUGAUUAUGCGUUUCGCGGCACAACAUGAGCAGCGCCAGCGACUCACUCCAUGUGCAGGCCAUGUGCAGGGGCGUGAUUUCCUCCUCUCUUAUUUUGAUUAACGGCUUGCAGGGUAGUCUGCUUGGCAACUGAAUAAAGAACGAAUGUGAUUGGUGGAUCGCUGCACAGCAAAUGCAGAGUCAUGUAGUGUAUCUCAGUCAGCUACCCUUGAAAUUAGAUGAGUUUUUCCGCCUCCUACAUUGCAGGCUCUGCAAAGUAACUAUCGCGCACACGUACAUCGCGAUGACGACGCUCAAAAAAUAUAUCGUGCAGCCCAUCUUUUUAUCUAUUUAUCUAUCUAUCGAUUGAUCUAUUGAUCUAUCUAUCUGUCUUGGGGGGGUCUUAUCAGGGGAAAUUUGUCUUACUAUUGACAUUCAUACUUCUGUAAAGUUCUCCAUCCUUCACACAUGACUCUAACCCAGGCUAAUACUCUUCGUGCAAAGGUUAAAGAUCUGAGUGUUGCAGGAUUGAAGACUCUGAACUCAGUAUGCAGGAAUAACAGAGCAAAACCAGAACUAGGUAUAACCGUUAGAGAGGUUAAUUGACUGCUUUGGGAUAUUUUUACAGUUCUAGGGUGCCAUGACCCGGUACACUCGGUUCUUGAACGUUACGAUCCAUACUCAGUUCAGACUGGUUAAUCUUUACACACUCGCACAUCUCUCUUUCUCCCCCAUAUCUCUUCCUCUCCACCCUCUCACUUUAUGCAUCAUCUCUAUGCAUCAUCUUUGUGUACUCAUAUGCACUAGACGAUGUUUGAGUUGCAGCUGUGUCAGGACUCAGAACCCUCCCAGCACCUGUCAGUGGCGGAGCUCCGGUAAGAGGGAAGCAGAGAUAGAGCUGCAGGUGUGUGAUUGCAAUAGGAAUUGUGGGGAAAGGGGGGGAGAGAGAGAGAAAACGAGAGAGUGAAGUGACACUCAUUUGCCACAUGAUGCAAUGAAAAAACACGCUGUCUUUGGUGGAAGCCUGUGUCACAGGUGACAGUCAGUGACAGGACCAAGAGCAGAGCUGUCAGAGAGGCGAGAACCACAGAGAGGGAGAGGCAGGGGAAAUGAAUAUGCUAUUCCUCAUCUAGCAAAUGACAGAGAGAUGCGAAGGGAGUAUAAGCAUUACAGUAUGGUGGCAGGAAGAACAACAGCUGAGCACGGUGUUAAGAGCUAAAUGAUGUAGUGUAGAGAAUAACAUAUACAGCCUGAGGUCGUUGUUUAUGAUGAGAAAAGCAAGUGUGACACACGGCGACUGCAGAAGAUGGAUUUCUCAUGUGGAAAUUGGUCUAAUACCAGGAGGUUUAUUCCCUGGGAACUCUGACUGCUGUUGAAAACAAUGUAGGUCGUGAUUGAAAAAAAGACAGAGACUGUAGAUAAUCAAAUUCACAUCUCUCGUGGUUAUUUUUUCAUUUGAUCUGGAGUAAUGUAAAUUGGAGCAUCAAGCUCUCCAGCUCUGGUUUCUGUCAACAUAAAUCCUUUCCCGCUGAGACAAAGUUUACUCGUGGCAUUGUCACAGCUUCCUUAUAUCUCUAAUAACUUCUGCCUUGGCAUUUGCUAUUCAUAAAGCAGGUUGUAAUCCCUAAUUAGCAGGCUUUAAUUUCCCUAACGGGGAUGAACUUUUGGUCAUAUUAGAGCUUCCAUUAAGUUUUGAUUCUAACCUCCAGCGCCGGCUGUAUAGGGGUAAAUUAGUGCCAAGGAAACCAUAUCUCUGGCUAAUGUGCAGUGCCAGGGAGAUAACAGCAGUUUCAAAAAUGCCAGGGACAUUAGCAUUCCUGCGUCGUGCUGUGUGUGUGCGAGGUCUCAGUUUUUAAAUCUGUAAAAAAAAAUUGCUGUUUGUCAGCAAAAACUCUGCCUCCCCUGCUUCCCCUCCCCCUCGGCCCCCAAUUCAUUAGACAGUUCAUCAGCAAUCUAUCAUCAUAUGUUUUAUUUAUGAGCACAAACACGUUCAUUCUGAACAAACGACAGAGGUUUCUCUGGUUAUUUAGGUUUCAGGUAUGUUUUCACACUUGUGUUUGUCCCAUUGUUCAUAUAUAUACAUAUAUUAUAUAUAUAUAUAUGGAGAGAGAGCGAGAGUGGAAUAAAGUGCUCCAAGCUUCAGGAAAUGAUGCUUUUUAAUGAGGACUCACUCCCUCCUAGUGUUCCCACUUCUGCCCCAACCAAAAGCCAAGGUUUACUACUCUGCCAGCUCCCGCUCAGUGCCUUGUAUGCAAAUAACCAUUUUUCAAUCAACCUUGCGGUUCAUUCUGAGAUGUUCGAUACAGCCCUGGCCUUCUGCAGGGUAAUUUACCCAGAAUUCUUUUGACCUCUGAGGGCAUCUGGUGGAAUGACAUCUUUAAUCACUAGCCUCCGCUCAGUGUUCGCUGCCCACCAAGAGGUAGAGGAGGUCACUAAAAGUAAACCAACAGUGAGUUCAUAUUUAGAAACGUACGGAUCGUUGUUCUGGCACCUGUUGAGUCAUAUUUACACCAAUGAAUGCUGGGUAAUAAAGCGCCAGAGCUUGGCACUUUGGUAAUUUUGCAGUAUAAUAAAACAAGCCGGGUUCUAUUUUGGAAAACCAAAUUCAGGACAGGUUUUUGUGUUGUUUUCAGAUUUGAACCCUCAAAACCAAUUAUAAUGAUCAACAGCAAUUAUUCUUUGUUAGAUAAACAGACAAAGUUAAUGGAUUUAAGGUCCAGCGGUAAAAACAAAUCCCACCAAAACUCUAUUACUAAGUCAAAUUGAAGGUUGUGAUUGUGUGAGCCCCCAGUGUUGGAGAGGUUUUGCCCACAAACAAUGAUCAUUGGUACUGAUGUUUGUGACAUCAAAUACUGAAUGUUUGGAUAAAUUCACACCCGAACAAUGUUGUUUUUCUGAAAAUAACAACCUAACUACAACCGUUUUGUAUGUGAUACUGACUGUUGUAUGACUGGGAUCAUCAAUAGGGUCAUCUGUGUUUAUUUACAUCCAGGUAGUAGAGGAUUUAGACCUAAAAUGAUAAAAAUUCUGAUAUUUUGUUUGAUAAAUAGAUAAUCCUGAUUCCCACAUGCAAGAGGAUGAUGUUUAGUGACUAAACACGAACAUCCCUGAAGUGAACACUUUAUUUUAAUAAAUCUGACUUCUUUUUCAUUGCUUCCCUUUCACUUUCGCCCUAAUGUGAAAAAGUGAUGCUGCAAGGAUUUCUCACUUUAAUGCAGACCACCAGGGUUAAAGUCUUGUUCCUAAUCUAUUUUGCCCUGUACUUGUCCUCAGGCCUAAUUUGGGGGAACAGUUUAACAUCAGUAUUCUCAUCUGGGGAUCAGGUUGAAAUGAUUUUGCAAGCUGCUGAAAAGUAGACAUUUCACCCUUUUACAAGACUUUAACUCAAGGUGCCUUUGAGUGAUGCAGUAAACUUUUUUAAUCACUAGUAAGGCUGUUUAAUAGCCGGUGGUACGGGACUGAUUUUAUUAUGUGUGUGCGUGUAACCCUUCCCCUUCAUGAGCGUGGACCUGGGCUGUAAAACUAAGAAUGGUUUGUGUAAAGAAAUACUAAAAGAGUAAAGAUACAAGGGGAACAGUUUAAGUGUUUCAGCAGGUUGUAUCUUGAUGACGGGUUUGAAGCUGUCUGGAGGAUAACACCUUAAUACACUCGACAAACUCGCCCACUUCUCACCAAGGUCCUGCAACUUUAGUAUCUGUCUCUAUGUAGUGAGAUGUUUAACCUUUACCACAAAAUCCACAUCACUAUACCUUAUGCUUUUUUCCCCAUAAGCUGUGCGAUUUCUGCUAAGAUACACUGUAAAUCCUCUUGAAGAUUCUUUACAUCCACUGUGCGCGUAUUAGGACUCAUGCACACACUCACACACACACACUGCGGGGUUGACUCUCCUUAAUCGAGGAAUCAUUUCAAAAUUGUAUUGACUGGUGAGAAAUUAUGCAAAUGUACUUUUACACCUUUUUUUUCUCCAAAUACUCGUAGAGUAAUCACGACAAAUUGAUUAAAGUUUUGAUUAGGGAAGAGUUUUUGAACGUUGUAGAGUUAUCAGCGAUGUGCUUUUAUAGAAAGGCUAAUCAACCAAAAAAGCCUUUGUACGACCUGAAUAACAUAAUGUCUGACUAAUCAGGGAAAAAAGGGCGACACACACACACACACACACACACAUACGCAUGCACACACACAAAAGAAAAGCCGCUAACUCUGAUUCUUCUCUGUAAAGCUCUGCAGGUGUGGUCCGCUCCUCCUGCGCUGGCUAUUAGCACAGCCGAUCAUUGGUAUUCAUUUCCCGCUCCUAAUUCCUCCACAGUAUUUUUUUUCCCUCUCACUUGACAGAGGACCGUGGGUUAAACGCCGGGGGGAGUGCUCCAUCACGACUAGAUCUGAUCCAAUUAAAUACAGAUUUAAUCAGCCCCGCAGUCGGCGAGUGAAUACACAAUCUGAUCAGGCCGCUGGUAACCGGAGGCCCCGACGGCGAUGGGCGCUGGUUCCCAUCCCUCGGCUUGAGGAUCAGUUUAGCAAGUGAGGAAAGAGACACCUCCGUCCUAUCUGACCUGCUGACAGGUUUGAUUUCCAGCUUUACUAAUCCAACAGCAUUCUGAGGCUGUUCCCCUACUUCUCUGCCCACUUUGCACAAACACCUUUGCGUAAAAUGACCCCUAAACACACUGAUUUAGUGUUGUUGAGUCUGCAAGACGACAGCGGCUCCUGAGGAAGAUCUGCAAGAUUUACUGUUGAUGCAAACACUCCAUUAAUUACAGAUUUAGAGACUGGAUUAUAUCUAUGGCAGGCAGAAACGAUCUGGAGGAGGUUAAUCUUUCUGUCUACAAGCAGAUCGGGUAGAAAGGAGAGAGAAAACGACCGCAGGAAAAAAAAAAGGGAAGAUUUUCCCCUCCCUCCUCCCAAAUGGCUGCAGCUGCUGAUUGUUGAAACCUUUUACUCUGCAGAGGAAGCAGGUCUGUGAUAUGAAGUACAGCUCCCCAGUGCCCCAUCAAAGUCCACUGUAACUGCUGUGUCACCUUCAGAGUUUCCGAGGGAGGAUCGUACAUGGGGAGCUGUUGCAGAGCCUACUAAUGAGAAGUCAUUGGGAAAUAGGUUGCUUUUUAGCAUAGCCUCGAUGCGCAGGGUCAUUUAAGUCACGACCCCAGACUUAAUUACACGUCCUGCUGUUUAGUGUACUGUUGUGUUUGUGUGGCUGCCAGUUUGUGACUAGCUUCUGUGAAAACUUUAAUGUAAAACUGUAAUUUAGUAAUGGCUGCUUCUGUUAGCCAUACUCCACAUAAUGCAAACACAACACACCAUCUUGUUUAGUCCACUAUUUAGAGUCUGAACCAAAUCCAACAUGGCAAGCAGAGUGCUUUGGCUGACUAAGUGUACAAGCUGGAAGUUUGUACCUCCUCCAGCAUGGCAGCUAUGUAGGUUAACACAGAUGAGUUUGAUCACAUUAUGUCUGUGCAAUAUUUACAGAAAUAAAGUAUGUGCUAUCAGAUGGACUCCUCAAAGUCUUUAGAGGCAUGUCCAAACAUGUUCUACUGGGUUAGUCUAACAGAGGCACUGACUCCUGCUGGGCUAACUUUGACUUUGAACAUCGGAAGAGCAUUCAUUCGCCUUUUCUGUUUCUACUUAUCAUGAUUACCCAUAACAUUUAAAUUGAAACUAUACUGUUGGGAAAUUUUUCAUAUAUCAAGAAAUAGUGAUGGGCACGGCAAUUCUUUUCUAUGUACUGAAUCACUAGAAUCAGUUCACUAAAAAGAUUCAUUCAAAAGAUUCGUUCACCAAAUCAUUUAGCCAGAGAAGCCUGUGACUCCGACCUCCUAAACUGAUACACAGCUGAACGUUUCAGGAUACUGUCCCAUGGUAUGUUAUUUACCAGGUCUAAAGGUUGUUGCGUUGGCAAUUUAGCAGUCAAAAAAAAGGUUGUUUUGUCACACAAAAAUGAUUCCAGAGAGUGUAGUUCAAUGCGUGAUUCGUUCACAAAGUGAUUCAGGCGUCUGUGCAUGUGGUUUCUUGUUCGCCGGCUGCUGGCCUGGCAAUGCUGUUUCUCACAUCAGCUCAACUGAAGUGAGAAACGAACGAAUCACUCGAGGAAGUGAUUCAGUUCAGUACGUUCACGUAAAAGAUUUGGUUCUUUUGAACGAAUCGUUCGCGAAUGACAAACACUAUCAAGAAACGGACUAAAAUUUAGGGUUUAUAAAUGUGUGUGUAUGUCCUGAAAGGCAAACAAGAUGGUCAGGAAUAUGGAGUAUUUGUUUGCUACAUGAGCUGCAUGUUAUCCAGUCCAAACAAAGCUAAUAAUGUUAUAAGCUUAUAGCUUAUUUUCCCAGAGAAAAUAGCACUUGUAUUUUACAAAAAGACAUAUAACUUUGUGUAAAAGGUUGCAAAAAAACGGUUAGUUGUCAAGUUGAAGUUUUUUAGUUAGAAAAAUUAUACAAUAGAUUAGCUACAUUUACUGUAAAACCUGUGAUAUAGGUUAAACAAGUAUAAAAGAUGCAGAUAGAAAAGGUUCGAACUGUCUUCCACAAUGUGCAAUUCCUGUGCAACUGUGAGGGUCUUUUUCGUUAUCAUUCUAGCUACAGGAAGAGGCCGCCCAAGGUAUGAACUACAAAGUGCUUGGCCUCUCCUCCCAACUGCUUGUCACCUGUUGUCUUAAAGUAAGUCGCCUUUUCAGUCAAACAAAGUUGAUGAUGAAAAAGUUUGGCUGGUAGAAUCAUCUUUGUCAGUAUUUUUUAGCAAGAUUUGCUUCUUGAACACCAGUUGUAGGUUUAUGCCAUGUGCAUUUAAUACUGAUAUCUUGAUUGCAACACCAGCCUCUAUGAUGCAAUCCACUAUUUAGACAACAAAUAGGGACUAAUCAUUGAGUAAAUCUUCCUUGCUUAAUUUAAGUUAAACCCUCAGAAGUCAUGAUAAAGUAACAAGAAAUCAAACAAAGCUUGUCGCAUCCUGUCGAAAUUGUUUUUUUGGGUCGCUGAAAAGUCCCGUCCAUGGCCGCGUUGAUAGCCUGUCAAAUAAAAAAAAUCAUCUUUUUUUGCAUCUGAGGUGACCAAGUCAGAUUUAUGAGGGGCCCAUGUCCCCCUGUGCCAUCCCCCGGACAUGCCCCUGCAUAUCCAGGGGGUGACAUUAAUAUUCAAAGCCAUUCUUGCAACCUUUCUUAUAAAACCACUCAGGAAAGAUGCCUUGAUUUUUUUCUCAUUAUUCAAAGAAGCUAAUCUAAGUCUAUUGUAAGGAAAAAGCAGCGACUGAUCCAGACUCUAUUUUUAGGAAAUGUUACAGUGUUUAGCAAAACAAAGGUCUAAAAUGUGUAAUUUGCUAAUUUCACUGGGAAAUGAUUCCAAUUGUCACUGAGAGCAUUUCCGCCACAUUUACCCCCUGGGAUGUCUAUCUCUCUUUCUUCUCUCGCCGCUGAUCAGUAUUCUUUAAUUGCCUUUCUUGUUUGGAGGAAGACUUACCUCACUUGUUAUUUCCAGGUGUAAAUGAGAUGAAGAGAGAAAGGUUACCGAGAGCCCCGCAAGAUCGAGCAGUCCUUCGGGGUGGUCUCGGCUCACCCCUGCCGCAGUCAGAUAUCUCAAACAUAGCUGUGUUUGAAGUGCUCGGUUGGGUGCAUCCGCUUUUUCUGCGCGCUGGCUAGAGCUGUGGUGCUUGUUUAACUCUGGCAGCUCCACUGUAAGUUUCUGCUUUUGUAUUUGCAUACCGAACAAACAGGAAAUUGUGUUCAUUUGUAUGCAAAUGUGUUUGUCCCCAAGGCUGGGAUUUUGAAUUAAAAGUUUUACCGUCCCAUUAAUUCCAAAUUACACACAGGCACUGACAUGGGCUCCUCCAUCCGGCAGGGGGGUAUCCGGCAUGCCAUCCAAACGCGUCUCUGUCAGUUUAGGCUGUUUAGUUUGCCAUCUGCGAAACAGAGUCAGAAUUUGGAUUUAAUCUGGUCCAAUGAUUCGCAGAUUGAUCGUCUGCACUAUGUCGCAAUCUCCUCUUAAUUGUCUCAGGAAAAUAUGCAGAGAUUUCGGUGUGAUUGAUAUUCGAGGAUACUACAAGAGACAGACUUGAGAAGGCCUUGGAGCGCUUGACUGACAGGUUGCGAGGAACGUGGCGAAUGAGAGGGAGUGGCGAAGGCCGUCCAGCGUGCUGAUGUAGCACAGCUCAUCAGCCCCGCUCAUUAAUAUACGUGCACAGCCUCAUGAAAAAUGCAUGACCCCAACAGCGACGUGUGACAUGUAUGGCUUGAUGCUGACAGUCAAGGUGAUAUGAAAAAUUAACAGCUAUGUUCUCGCCACUUUGCAUGAAGGGCCUUGUCUUUGUCAAAAUGUUGCAGAUGAAGCACCAACAUUGUAUAACGUCAGCUGUUUGAAGUGUUGAUCAUCGCGAUUGAUCACACUUUUUAGAUCAAAGUGUCUUUUUAGAUGUGCUCAUCAAAAAAAAUCAGGGUUUAAAAAAAAAAGUUCCUCAGGUUUCUUCACACUUGGAAAUGACUCAUGGGGAUUCGAAGCAGCUCAUGGUGCUCAAUAAUGAAACAGAAGUCUACGUCGAGAAAAAGCGAAUUGAAUGGAUGGAUGAUUGGAUUAAUGUUCUGAUCUAAAUAAUGCUCUCUCAAGCCUUCUUGAUUGCACCAAUUCCAGUUUUGAUAGAAAAAAUGCCAACAAUGUGUCAUCGUUCGAGCAAUUUAUCAGGUUUUCAUUGUUUCAGCAUGGACAUAUGGAAAUACAAAAACAGAGUGAUAAAGGCCCAUUAUUAGCGGGGCUUUUGUUACAGUAUAAAGUGAGCGCCUGCUGUCACUGUGGCAGUGCGCUUUUGUUCUUGCGUUCUUCAGUUUUACAGCUGUGUUUAUUAAUCACUCAUAAUGACUUGUCCACAAAUAGUUCAAGUCUUGUACUUUUUCCCAGCUUGGAGUCGUUCGUCAGUUGCGCUUGUACCAAACACGCGGAAAAAUAUUUGCAUGACAAGUUUAAAAAAAAUACAAAUCAAACCUGAUUUUUCGCAGAGGCGCUGCAGCUGCUGGAUGAACAUCAACGUCCAUGAAUGUGUAAAAAAGAUGAAAUUUUGCUCACAGAGGAAAGUGACACAGACACACACACACACACACACAGACACACAGUGCUAGAAUUAAUAAUGCAUGGAGCACAUCUUGUACACAUGCAGACUGUUGGCAGGCAUCUGAUGUGUCUGUGUGAUGAGCCAAGGGGGACACAUCAUUUCUGACUCUCCACUCGCAGACUGAUGGUGGCUGAGUGCUCAGUUGCCAGGUUUCGCUAAUGAAAGGGGGAAUUUGGCUUUGUGUCUCUUCAAAGACUUUAUAAAUGGGUUGUGUUCUUUGGAGGUGGCACAGCAUCUAACCUGGAGAGAGCUGAUGCCUGACAGGCUGAGGAAGUGACUUUGACAACGAGACAGACUUACAAUCAGCGGUGGCAGCUCAAAGGGGAAUAGACCUGUUUGCUUAAAAAAAAAAACAUUAUAUCUGAGAGUGUUAGCUUUAAAAUACUCAGAUAUAUUCUCAAAUCCAUUCCUCUAGUUAUUUUGUCUCAUGGGAUUUUAGAGUAUAGACAACAUAAUUACAAUAUGACUGCACAAUAUUAUUGUACCCUUUCAUUUCCAAGUAAUGUCUAACAUUGACAAACUGACACGCAUUAUGCUGCUCCCAGAUAAAAAGAAAGACGGUGUUUAAAUGAAGAAGUAAACAGCAUAACAGACUUCCCAGCUCUCAUAUAUAUCAGCUUGUAUUGAUUUCGUAUGCAUAACUGAUAAGACCCAUUAUUUUUUCAGCACUUUGUCUGAAUAAUAAAAUCAUUCCCGGGACAUCUGCUAAAAGAAAUGAUUCCAGCAAACUUUAAUACACUCAGUCAUUAUUACUUGUUGCUUUAAAAAAGGAUGUGAAAUGUAUCAAAAGCAGGUGGAAAUAGGAUUAUUUUCGCACCUGAACAAAUUUUUUAUAGCUUCUUUUUUUUUUCAUUUGCAGAACAGGCAAUCCUGCUCCAUGCACAGCUCCCAUCACUCAGAUGGGGAAAACAAAAUCCCUCACUGCUGUUUGUUGUCAUGUCAGACAACCUCCUGGAUGAUGUAUGUGUGAAAGGAGACACGUCAAAUCUAAAUAUAAACCACAUGGAGAUGCUGCUCCUUAAAAACACAGGACAAAACUGAGGGUCCUGAACAUUUUUGAAUAUAAUGUGAUAGAUUUUAAGUUGUUAGAUAAUUGAGGUACAAAUGGAGGUCUGGAUUAGACUGGCUGUAAAUCCAUAGGAGGGAAGGAUGGGAUUUUUUUCUGUCUGAUAUGGAUUUAAAUACCUCGAAUUAAGAUUAGCUGAAGCAGGGUACCCCUCAGAUAACAGUUUAUCAAAAAUAUGACGCAUCAGACAGAUAAACAUCGAUAUAGUUGUUUAUAUUUUUCAUUACCAGAUUUUUUUUUGUCAUUUUUACAUGAUAUUUAAGUGGAAACCUUGUGGAUUUUUGGUAGGCUUAUUGAUGGUCCAAUUAACUGGUAGCUGAUACUGAUACUGAUAAUUGUACCAAUACUAAUAUGGGUACCGAUACCCUGAUCACUGUUAGUCCUGACAUGAUGUUAACACUGAUAUCAAUACCAAUACUGAUAUCAGACUGAUAUAACAGACUGAUUGAUGGCAGUUCAAUGCAUUGGAGUCAUAUCAGUAUCGGCCCUCAUACGGCCAAUAUUACCAUUAUCAGCAUAUCAAAUCAAAAGUGCAGAAUAUUAAUAAUAUUAUACCCUCUUUAUUAUUUUCUUGCUUUCUAAUUUUUCCGUUCGGCAAUAUUUUACCAAACCAAGUAUUUUUCCUUCUACAUUUGUUUUAAAAAAUGUUCCCUUGAGUUUAACAACUUUGUUUUUUAAUUUGUUAACAUUACUACAUUUUUUAAAAAUGCAUUACGAUAUUGGUGUUAUCGGCCGACUUUCCAUUGAAAAACAUAUAUCAGUCGACCUGCUACUUUUGAUAUCAGCAACUCCGACUGAAAAACCAAAAAUGACUUUGUCUUUGAGAAUAAUUCCCUCUUUUGUCCUUGAUUUUAGCGGCGGCACAUUUAAGCGAGCGCAUGCAUAGAAUAAGAGGUAGCUUUAAUCCAUCACAAGGCAGCGCAAGUGACAGCUGAUAAAUGUAAGUCAGAGGACAAACUCAACUCUGUCACUCAGUCCAUUGGUAUCUAUUGAAUCUGUUGACUGCUUGUUUGCCUCUUUGCCGUUUCAGUUCUCCUUACGAUUGUUCUGCCCUUCAGUGAACUGUCACAGAGCACAAUAUUGUCUGCAGGGUACAUUUCUUGAAAUGGAAAAGGUUUUCGUAAUUGCUGCCAAUCAUUACAAGCCAUUUGUUGUGCAUGUGUGUAGAAAAGCAGGGGACACAGACUGAAGGAAACCUGUUUGGAAUUGUUCGGUAGAGGAAGACUUAAGGUUAGAGGAGGCAGCAGGAAAUUGUGGCACAAGAACGCACCAGCGCCAUUAUCACAGCCCCCCCAACGAGGACAUCCUGUCUACCUGUUAUUAGUGCAGGAUUGGCGAGAUUGAAUUAGACUGACACAUCUUUAAAAAGCCCCUAGAAUCUAGCUGCCAAAGUCUUUCUGCCAUUUUGCCCAAGGAGUCAGCGAGGGUCAGCAGGAGCGCGUGAGUGGGCAACAAGCGGCAGUCAGAGCCACUCAGAGACACCCUGGAGGGGGGAGAGGAGAGAGCAGACCACAGCUUGGCAGCUCCACUGGAGUCUGAUAAGCUUUAAUGGCACCACCACAAUGAUUCACACCAUGUGAGACACACACACACACACGCACAGAGGCGCACACACACACCUCCAGCAGCCUUGUGAGGAAUGAUUUCUGGACCCUGGAUAAAUUUGCAGUUGCAGGGAGUCUCUAUUUACCAGUAAUUGCAUUUCUCUGCCCUCUUUCAGCCCCUGCCUUCAAAAAGGUUCUGUGCCUCAGGAAGUUGAAGGUGGUUGGGGAAAAAGCAGCCGAACAUGUUGUCGGCCUCACAAGGCGCCCUGCCACAAAGUUGACAGCUUAUAGGACGAUCUGUACCAUACAUGGAUACAAGCUGUACACCAUACACAACCUGUCACAUGGACCUUUGUGAUCAUUUGCAUUUCCUGUAAUUCAGCUCGACUAAAAUGAAAACAAGACAUUAACCACACAUACACCUCUAUAAUCACUAUACGAUGGCUUAACUGACCUUUUUGCACACCGUCACACAAACGACAGAGCCGCAUCCAGCUAAUGGAGAUGUUCACACACAACAUCUGUAUUCACCUCAGCUGUUGGAUGGCGUAAAUUAAGAUAAAUGGUCUGGAUUUUUGGUUAAUUUUUCAUGCCAGAAGAGGCUCUGGCUUGCUUGUUGGCAUGAAUGCAAACAGCAGAAAGAAGAAAAUGAAACAGCCCAGCUUUCUUGGGAGUUAUCCCUACAUUGGAAGAUUUUGAAGCACACGACUUAAAUCUACUGCCAGGAUUUAUUGCCAGUGCAGAGAGGACGGAUAAGAGACAGACGUAAGGUUACAGUGCAUCUUUCAUACCAAAGAUUGGAGUUUACAUUCUGUCACAGUACAACAAUUGAUGCUCGUAAUCUCCCUAUAACCUUUAAAGGGUAUUUCAGCGGUAUAGAAGUUGAGGGAUGUGUGACAGAAAGAUUAAAAAAAGGAACAUUCAAUGCAGCACAGGCAUAAAUAUUUUUCAAACACCACUAAAUGCAGCUCGACAGUAUCUCUUUAAAGCUUGAUGACAUGGUUCUGGUAAAUUAAGAGACUUUAAAUUAAGUAUUUAAGAAGAGAUUAUAAUCUAAAGGGCAGCCGCUGUGGGGCUUGGUGCAUUGAAAUUUGCAAGCUCAUGUUUUAUUUGCCCUGGCAGACGUAUCUUGUCCCUUUCCUGUUCGGACAGAUUUCUAGCUGACCUGGUCCUGGUCAAGCCUUAGAGGCAUGUUAGUAACAACCAUCAUGAUCGCCUCUGGUAUGAAUAUUCAUGCUGAGUACCAGUGGUAGCUUUUGGCCAUAUUCUGAAUCAUAUUCUGCUGAAAGUCCAUGUUUUAGCUGAACUAAAGGUCGUAUAAAUGGAACUUUGGAUUAGCCUACCCGGCAGCAGUUUGACAUUACUCGCACGUUUCACUCCUCUAAUUGUUGGUGGCAUCUAGGAGCGUUUUAGUUGCAGCCAGUCAUAACACCUGUCACGAAUAGGAAAUUAUCCGAGAGUUUACUAGGCAGUCCUAAAAUAACAACCAAAUAACUUCAGGGACAAAUAUUUCGACGUUUCUAGCCUUAAAUGUUUGUUAUUUAAAGUUUUUAAGAGACCUCUGGUCAGUCUUAAGGAUACAUAACCCUAUGCUGUCAGGGUGUACAGUCUGCUCUGAUAUCUUCACAUAUUUUUUCAUUGCCCUUUGUUUUUAUAGUGUGGAAGUUGUUCAGUGCCAAUUUUUUGGUGUCAUUUCAACACUCGUUUUUGCUCAUUAAAAAUGAAACAAUAAUAGUUAAAACAUGAUAUAGUUGUAUCUUAAAAUCUUAAAGGGAUAUUCUGGAGUAAAAUUAAUUCAGGGUUAGGGUUAGGGAUCAUUACUGAUCAUUUCCUUGAAGUAAUAAUCACCAUAUUAAUCAUUUUGCACUGCAGACGCAGUAGUUCCUCUGCCUUAGCGUCUCGGUCUGAUUGCAUUUCCAUGAAGAAAUGAUCAUAAAUGUUCUUCCUUGAGCUGUGUCACCCCGCUGCAGUAGGUGAUGGACUCAUCCGAGGUCUCUGUACAAACAAGCGGCUGCUGGAAGAGAGUAGGUGAGUUGUGUUUAGUCUCUUUGCCAAAGAAAUUAGGCAAAGUUAAAAAGAUGUUUGGUGGCUAGUGCUGUGGCUGGGACCCUAUAUGUACUGUUGGUGAAGUUAGGUGCUGUUCUGAGCAUUAUUUGUGGCUAUAGAGUGGCGUUUUGGUUGAGCACAUGGCUCCUUAGGCCACUGUGUAUUGCUAUCGUGCUGUCGUUACUCAAGUUUGUACUAGAGAAGCAAGCGGUCUGCAACAUUCAUCUCUCGAGGGGGUGUCUAACUAGGUGUUACGGUGUGUUUGACCCUAAAUUAAUUUUGCGCCGGAAUAUCCCUUUAAUGUGUUCCUCAUAAUGCACUUUGAAGGCUCGAUGCUAGCUAUGUAAACAUCAGUGCAUUUCAAUGUCUCCUGCCGUCCAGAUAAGAUUGCAUUUAUGUCCAAAUGUAAGUCACCUUUGACGUCAUGGGAAGCAUUUUUUAAAGCUUUGCAAACACCCUCUGAAGCUGCAGUGGAUGUAACACACACACACACACACACACACACACACACACACACACACACACACACACACACACACACACACACACACACACACACACACACAUCUUUACAGGCUUUUAAAACUUUAUACCAACCAUGAAGAGCAGAUUAAUCCUUGCACGUAAAAAUGGUGCAGUGUUCCUUUAAAUGCAAUGUAGCCACCACAAACUCCCUCCACGUUGGAUAGAAGACAUGGCUGGCCAUUAAUCAUAAGGGUUGGCGGCUCGGUCCUUAGCUCCUCUCGGCUGUGUGUUGAAGUGUCCUUGAGCAGGACACUGAACCCCCAAAAUUGCCUCUAAUGCUCGCAGAGAAAAAAACCAACAACGCUUUUUUGAUUAAAACAUCUAAGAGGAUUGCACUAAAAAUCAAUAACUUAACAUUUGACAGUGAAUGCAACCUGGCAUUUUGUCGAGUUGUCUCGUGAUUAAUGUUGUGUCUGGCAGUAAGGUUAAAGAAAACAAGAAUAUAGUGAGAAAUGCACUAGCUGUGAUGUAUGCAUCCUUAUUGAUCCACUGAUAAAAGGAAUAGUGCCCAGGCUGUACGAAUGGUUAGAUAUGAAGAUACAGCGUGUGCUCUUGCCGCUAAGAAAUAGGGGCUGCAAACAUGAGUGAUGGAGUAGAGUACCAACAGAAAGUAGUGCCUCCACUUUAUCUCCACUCUGCUAAGCUGGAGACACACAGGGAAACACCGCAUGGACAAGAAAAGAAAUCGAUACGCUGAAACAGUUGCUUGAAUAAAAUCCCCAACUCUGUGCAGCUCGCUGUAGUUUCUGAAACCCCUAAAGUGUAAGGAAAAAAAAGAAAGAUCUGCUCCUUGUUAGCGGGAAGUCACUACAACGCAAUAAAGUACUUAGCAGCUUUGUGUGGAGAGAGGGACUGCUGUGCUGACUGCUUGCAAAGGGAACAGAUUGGAGUGUUGCAUAUGACUCAAAAUGUCCAUCUGCCCCCAUUAUAUGUGCAAUUUUUGCUGCUUUCAGCAUUAUGUAAAGUGUGCUCACGCUCUCUCUCUGUAAUUCUAGGAGCUUUUGCAGAAGAACACGAGGUAUUUAAACAAAUACACACUCUUGCAUGAAACAGUGGCACAACAGGUAAUUAUUUGCAGAAGAAUAGAGCAAGUGCGUGGGGUGCAAAUUGCAUUGUGGGAUGGCCCUGCGGGACAGAGAAAUGUCAAUUGAAGUGACUGCCAUUUUUAUGCACACCUCAUCUAUUGUUCUCCGUGGUGAAUUGCAGGGGGCAGUGUCACUGUAUUUACACGCACCUCUCAGGACGUGGGUGUAUUUGUUUGUCUCUGUCAGGGAGGAUGAUUUGCCCCCUCGUCGCUGUGCACAAACCUGUCGCUAAAUGGGAACACAAGUUUAGCAAUGUUUCCGAGCCCCUCCUGAGAGUGCGCAGAGAGCCUGUCGCCACCUGUCAUAACCCUCAAAACAGCAGGUAGGGCAGGAAAAAAAAAACUACACCUGCCUGUCAAACACUCUUUUCUCUCUCUAAUUGUUCGGCGCACAUUCGCAGGAUUACGGGUUUAAUUCUGCUUUAUAAUCACCGUUCAUUGUUCCCGCUUAUUGUUUCCUUGCUCAGUUUGUUUGUUUGUGUUCUCACUUUGGCAACAGGAAUGUUCUUUUGUCAUGCCAACCAAGCGAUUUGUGUUCAAGGCAAUUGCAUUUAAUUUAAUUUAAGAGGAGAAUACAAGAAAGGCUGGUGCAGGAAGGAAAGGACGGGGAAAUUAAGAAGCACCUGCAAACAUGAGACACAGACAGGAAAUUAAAAACCGCAAAAUUAUGACUCUUUCUCGCAACUAUUUUCUCGAACUUUGACUAUUUUAAGACGCUUUUAUGAGCAGCAUCUGCCAGUAAAUGAUGAUUUACUCAUUUAAAAGGACACAGUUACCAUAUUAAAUAGGCCUGUUUUAUAGUGUAUGAAUUAGAUCCAUCUGGAGAUACAAAACUGGAGGAACAAAGCAGCACUAUCACUCCUGGCUGCCCGUGUUUAUGCCUUUAGAGAAGUGUUUGAUAAUCCCAGGUCGAUACUAUAUACACUUAUCUUUAGAGAUUAAGCUGCCGGGUCCAGUAAUCCUUGAUAACAUCUCUUAUUCUAAAGCUACUACAGUAAAGAUUGCACUAUUUAAAGCACCGCACAGUUGAUAUACUGUGUUGUUUGUUGGCCAAAAAUAUUUAAUUACUUGAUAUAUUACAGAAGGGAAAAAAGGACGAGCAACUGCAGGAGAUAUACAAUAUAAAAUGUAGCCAAUAUAUUGACAUACAGAUAAAACUGCAGCUGUAGAGGGGAAAGAUCUACUAUUUGAAGCUUGUAUCACAGAACUGACUUUUAAUUAAAUUUCCAAAAGUCCAGACCAGGUCUGGAGAACAGUACAGGUUAUCUCCCGCUGUUUGUCCGUUUCAGCAGAGAUCGGUACCUGGUUCGUGAAGCGUGAUGUUCUACAGACUGGAACGUGUCCAGCUAGCACUCAGCUGUGGAGUUGGGUGGUUCAAAGCCCUUUGCCCAGCACGUAGUGAUGCCCAGGGGCAGCAAGAGAGGAGACUGAUCGAACCGUUUUUUACGUCGAGGUUGUCAGAGGUCUCCUAACUUCCUCACAAAUCAAUACGGGGCCUUAAACUGCAGCCAACCGGCUGAAACUGGCUGCAAUCUCCUCGACAACUCAGCCUGUGUCCACAUUUCUCAUCAGUAAUGACUGAGCAGUUCGAAACAAGCCCGACACCCCAGUGGGCCGGAGAACACUGACUCAUGUUGUUCGCGGACAUUAAUAAUGCAUUUUAGCAUGUAACACAGAAUAAUUAAGUCUGCUGCUAAAUACGAGCUGAGUCCUGUGUGCCGCUUUGUCAGAAUUCUGUUUGCAGAGAGGAAGAGAGAGAAGGAGAGAGGGAUGAUGACUAAGCCAGCCAUCUUUGUUGUGAAUGAUUAUGGGCUUUACACUCGUGUCCUUUAUUUGUUUGGUUUGCAUUUAGUUUUUAUCAUGAUGUCAACAACAAGGGGUCGAAUUAGAUGGGUAUUAAUCCUCUGUGAGCCAGUCAGAACUUUCUUUAUCCUGUCCAAAUUACAAUGUUAGUGAGCUGAUACAACAACGACAACAACAACUCCUCUUUACAAAGCUGUGUGGGUGUCAGUUUAAUACUUGGGAUUCAGCACCGAUGACAAAAAUGACACUCAUUUUGAACACAUCAAAGGAAGAUGAUUAAAGUUUGGACUGUUUGGUCUGAAAAAAGAUAUCAUGGGACGAGGUAACCCGAGACUUGUAUCAGAACCAAAUGAAAUCUUUGACUAUGUUUUGACAUCUGAUAAAAUAACAGAUCCACUGAUCCUGAAAAUGAUCAAGAGAUUGAAUCAUGAUUAAAAUUUUCAUUUCUUCCUGCCCAAAGUGACAAAGAACUCAUAAGUUGUAUUUUCAUGAUGAAAAACCUCAAAGGCUUUUCCCUGAGUUUUUCACUCUUUGUAACUUUUUUCCCAAGUCCUAAUUUGCUGAGAAGGGCAUGGACAUUGUGAUUAAAAAACCUUGGGGGAAGCUCAACUGUAGAUCUUUAGUGCUCGUUUUUGUUUUAUCUGGGUACUUUUUUCAACAUCCCACUGAGCAUUUUUUGGUCUAAAAGAGGUCUAAUAGAUGUCUAAAUGUGGCCUGGAUGACUAGUCUAAAAUCAGGCUACCACAGGUCUAAAAAUGACAGUUUUUAGAAGUCUAAAUUUAGACUAAGUUUAGUACAAGUCUAAAUCUGGGCUAUAUCUAUACUACACUGUAUAUUGCUCAACGGCUAUCAUAAUCAUUUUGGUUAACUACUUGGAAAUCAGUUAUGCAACUCAAUAAAUAGUUAUCGAAUAAUAAGUUAAAUUGCAAUGUCCAAAUUCUGUCUAAAAAUAUCCAGAAUCUAGACGGUUGAAAUUAGGUCUAGGUCUGCAGUUUAAAAAAACAUGAAUAUCUGCAUAUUUCAGAAAACACAAAGGUAAAUAAACAAUAAGUCUCACUGAUUGGCCAAAACUCAAACCCUUAACAACAGUCGAACUACACUUCCUGUUUAUAGAUGCUACUGCAGGGAUAGCUCAGUCUUUUUCAGUUUUAAAAGGAUGAAAGAGAAACUUGAGCUCAUAGGAGACAGUUUGAUGAGGGACACAUAUAAAGUGCAGUUUUUGGUGCACGUUAAUUGAUACGUUAUUGAUACCAGUUAACUACAUACUAAUUCGUCUUAAUAGAUUUCUUAAUAGAACAUAAACAACUCAAACAUACUUUUACUCUGUCAAUGGUUAAUUGGCUUGAUUGUAUCAGCACACAAUGAUAUCCGUCAGGAUCUAGUUACACAAUGAGCAGGCAGCUGAAGACCUUGACCUUUCAGCAAAAGUAAAUAACUAGUUAAGUUCAAUAUUAGACCUGGAAUGUUCCGACCAUUCAGCGCUUAUUACAUGACUUGAUACAGAUGCUUAAAACACAUUGAAAUAAAAACAUAUAAUGAUUAGGAUUUAGGAAAACAGUAUCUUUAACGUUUGGAUGAUCCCUGACAUCCCUCUCUGUUGUUUGGAUAUUUCUGCUAGUUGACUGCUGCUGUCUUCUUCAGAUGAAUUAGAAAUCCUGAUCCAGGUUACGUCGGCUACACUUUUCAAAUAGACUGUUUCUGAUUCUUAUUUUCAUCCUGCUCACUCCAAUCUAACUGAUGUAACAAUCUAAUUGAUCACUUAAGUGUAAUUGGAAUCACUUGAAUCUUUAUGCUCCAAUCCAUGUUAGCCAUGCUUCAGUCCCCCUCAAACACUGAUCUUUUUUUUUUUUCUCCCUCUCUCUCUCCCUCUCUCUCUCUCUUUUUCCAUCCCCGGUGGUUCUGGUCUGCUGCUCCCUCUCCAUCUCCUCUGCUCUUUAUUGACUGUUGAGUGUAAGGCGGUGUUAAACCAGCAUCGAUGUAAUAGUGGGCAUUAGCCCUUUGAACUGCCCUUAAUCUGACUGUAAUAAACUUACAUUUAUUUUGGUGGCAGAGGCUUUUCUUCUUCCACACACACUCUCUCUCACUCACUCACUCUCACACACAUAAAUAUUUGUGGAUGGAUAUCUAGAGAGUGUGAGGGCAGGAGGAGAGAGAUGGGACCUGAAUAAAAACGUCCAUUGUUAUGGGGAUAGCGUAGCCUGUCAAAAGCUCUUCUGUGGAGCAGUGUACUAGAGCUGUGCUUGAAUCUCGCCUUUAAUUGGAAUGUAAUUGGAGAAGCACCACUGAUCAUGAAUCACAUUCGGCUCCAUCUCCUUCCUCCCUGAACUCAGGCCUGCUCCUUUUUCCACUCACUGACUCUGACUCUUUCCCCCCUCUCUCCUGUACACCUCCUCCUCUACCUCCUCCUGCUCCCGUAAGGAGGACGUCAGUCAUGUGCAGUGGAGCGACGCAGAGGAACAAGGCCCCCUACUGGGUCCAGAGCGUGCGGGUCAAUGUGUGUCUGGGGCGCAAACAGCAAGAAACAGGGAAAAAGGGAGGAAAGAAGAGGAGGGGGAAUGGAGGUGGAGGAGGAGAGAAGAAGAGAUUAAGAGGAAAGAGGGUGGGAGCGAUGAGAUGGAGCGCAGGAGUUGAAUCAUUUGUAAUAGCCUGUGCGCUCUAUUGCGCCAUUUCAUCCAGCAUUUAGUUAAGCGAGAUUUGUUUUGUUUUUGCCUUUGUUGCCGGGAACGCUCGGAGAAGUCAAUUUGUUGGCUCAUUUGUCAAAUGCUGGACUGCGUCAGUGGCAUCUCAGCCGGUGUCAUGGAGCGGAGAAAAGCUCUCUCAUUCAGCUGCGGUGUAGAUGGGAAUCAGGCUGCUGGAGAUUGCCUGUGUACCAUGUUAAAUGUGGACUGGAAAACAAUGAAAACUGAGGGCACCGGCAGUGCAACCUCUGCCUUAAAUUGAUUCCUAAGUGGAACAGGGCGGUAUGAGCGACGUGGUGAGAGGGAGGUAAAGAAAGAAAUGAUGGGAAAAGAGUUUAAGGGGUAGACAGCAGCAUAAUAGUCAGUUAGAGUUAAAUUGAAAUUUCAAUUCUCUUGCUGGUGUCCAGAUUUUCAUUCAAAUUAAAUAACAGUGUUUUAACAAGCGACAGGAUGUGAAUUCACAGACGGGAUUAACAACAUUUGAUGGAAAAGCCAAAGCAUGCUAGUUACAUGUUAGCUAAUUAAAAGCUUUAACUCAGUGCUGGUUAGAAAGUUACCUGAGAGGUUCUGAUCAAAGAAGAAACUUCUCUCUGUUUUGCUUUGAUGUUGGAACAAAGAGCCAACUUUGUUAGCUAAUAGGCGCUAAUUAGCGUGUGUUUGCAGCCAAGUGUAAAUGAUGGACAGAUGGGGGGGAAAGAGUCGUACAAUUACAAGUCAGACUUAAAUCAGUAAUUAGCUUUAUUUACUGGAGACAUUACAGACCACUACAGUAUGAAACAAACUACAUGUAACAAAGAUGAGCAAGAACUGAGAAUGGCUGCUUAUAAUGAUACUGAUAAUGUUGACUGACUGUAACACUCAAAGCUCCAGCAGCAACCUUAGGUUUGAAAUGUCCACUUGAGGCUGGCUCUAAAGGCCAACCAAUAUCAAUUAAGAUAGGAAGGAUUAUACUUUAUUGAUCUCCAGAGGGGAAAUUAGGUCACUGCACCAACACAAGACUUGACAAGAAAGCACAUAAUACAACACAGACAACGGUUAAAAAAAGCCAGAUUAGAUAAUAAGAGGUGUAUAACUAUGCAACUGUGGUAGAAUGACGAGGAAUUACACAGGGCAGCUAGGACAUGUUAGGCAAAAGUGGCAGGUCAAAGUGACAUCAGUGGGAUACAGUGAUAUAAUAUCAUGUGGUAUGGUAUGGUAUGGUGCAGUAUGAUAUAGUAUGGUAUGAUAUGAUAUGAUACAGUAUGGUAUGGUAUGAUAUGGUACGGUUCAGUGUGAUAUGAUAUAUGAUAUGAUAUAAUAUGAUACAAUAUGAUAUGAUAUGGUAUGGUAUGAUAUGAUAUGACAUGAUAGGAUAGGAUAGGAUAGGAUAUCACAGUUUUACUUCCCCAUCAAUAACUAUAGAAAUAUCAUAGACCUGCUGUCUGCUUUAAUAAACAAGUCCAUGUUUGUGCUUUUUCAGUCUGUGUUGUUGUUGCAGCAGCCUGGAUCUGCAUCAUUUCUGUCCUGGAUGUGGUUUUUCAUAAUCGAGCUUGUUACUCUUCACGGCGCAGUUCAAGCCCGUUGCUCCUCCUUUUUUUUCCUCUGACCUUUAGGAUUCAGUUCUGACAUCUGUAAAGCAAACAGUAACGCCAGCGGUGACAGUGCCGAGCUGUCAACAUUACAAUUAGAGGUUGUCAGUCAGAUACAGUAUCAAAGCAUGAGCAGACUCGUAAGCAGCUCAGCAUUAUUUCCACGACGUGACAACUCUGUGACCAUAAUUACAGAUAACAGACCCGUGUAAAUAUCCUGAUUAUAGCUGGAUGUUAUCACUUGAUUUCAAGUUCUACUAAUCUGUCAAGUUUACCUUUACAACAAAAACCUAAGCUCAAAGCUGUGUUCAGGGUUUUCAAUGUGACAACAGGAAAUAAAGAUCUGUGUUAUUUCCCUGAAAAAUAAUAACUGAAUGACAGAGAGUCUUUUCCAUGAGCUGCCAGCAGACCGUUUAAUGGGCAGUAAUGAAAAUAACAAUGUACAACCACGCACAGAAACCCUAGCAAAAACAUAUGAUUAUAUAUGGACAUAAAUCAAUUAAACUGAAUGUGUUUGGAGGGAAAAUUUUAUAUUUCAAAACACGAAACACCUUUUUUAGUCAUGUUGUUCUCAUGAUGCUGGCUCCUGCUAUGUUUUUAGGACUGAUUUUAAGGCUGUUUGCAUCAGCGCAUUAAUCCUGAUGUGAUUAAAGUCCAAUAUUAAUGCAAAUCUUUUCUCUUUUUUUUUAACUACGUGCUUAUGGUUUCUUUUGGUUGAUCCACAGCAGCAUCUGUCUGCUGCCUCGGCGAUGGAAAAUUAACGGCACCAUUACGCUCUCAAACGGCAUAUUUUACUUUUAAAACCUUGCAGACGACUCACUUGACAGGUCCAAAGAAAUGUGCACUUUGUAUUAAACAGAAUUAAUAUAUCACCCAAGUACUUUGAGUUGAAGCUACAGCAAGGCAGCUGCAUCACAAAAGCUGUGCAGAGUGCAGAUCUCCACAGACCUGCGGAUAAUGCUUAACUGGUCCAGGCCGUGUUUCUUUUUUAUGACACGACAGCUGAUGAGAGACAGGAAAUGUGAGGAGAGAGAGAGAGAGAGAGAGAGUAGGUGAAGACAUGAAAGCUGUAUGUGACACAUGCUGAGCUGAACCAGUGAUCUGGUCCAUCCAAGUGACGCAAACCUGAGGUGUUCUGAUUUUGAUAAUACUCAAAGAUGUUUCUUGUUUGUUAUUUGCAGACUCCUGGUUUCUAACAUACAGGAAACAGUCCUAGUUUAGUUGCUCCUCUGUGCAUUCGCUGUAUGUAACAACAGUUCGAAAAUGUCCUCAGAUUGCUCAGCUGUAGAAAGCAGCAAAACUGACAAAAGAAUGAGGAGAUAAGAGAGGCUGAUUGUGCCUGAAACUAGAGCAGGGUCAGGAAACCUUCUUGGAUAUUUAUGAGACAUAAAAGAUGACAUGAAAAUGUGAUCAAAUGGACGAGACGGAGGGAGAGAUGAGUGUUUGAAAGAGCGGCGAUUACUGACGAGGGUCUGAUAACUGAUGUCAGGCUGCAGAAUUAGAGAGAGAAAGGAGAGCAAACAACAAAACGACACCCAGCAAUCAAUCAGACAAACAAAAACGUAGAUGAAGAAAUGGAAGAAAUUUGAAAUGAGUGUGAAAAUGAAAAAGGGGGGGAGGCCAGAGGGAGGUCGAGAUCAGGGUGAUCAGAAGGAGAGAGAGAAAGCAAAAGGGAGGAGGUUGUUGUUUUAAGAUCAGUACGGAUGAGUGCGUUUCCUCUCUCCUGGGAGGACGACCAUCGGCUCUUGGUGUCUGUCACUCCACUCGUUUAUACCUCGCUUGGAUAGAGAGGUAAAGGGCGCCGAGUCGUCCGUGGGUGUGUGUAACAUGUGAGAAGCGGGGUGAUUCGGAAAAAGAGGAGUGUUAUGCUCUUUUCAUCACAGAAUGACUCACCCUUCCUUUCAUUAGAUUGUUUUUCUUCCCUGCAACACCCUCUUUUGCCCCCCCCAUCCCCCGUCUCCCUUUUUUUCUCCCUCGUAAAUACAGGUUGUAGAGCUCUUCAGGUGUGCUGCUCAUCGUCUUGUGUUUUUCCUCAUCUGAACGCACACUUUCACAUCCUGCUGUAAUGUGACAGGCUCUGGGGAGUGGUUGGUCACUGGUUUGGCUCCUGGUUGCAUCAUUUUUACCACGUUUUUUUUUUUAACACAGUUUCUUUUUUCCUUGUCCUUUUUAGCCAUCGCCUAAAACUGAAAUUGUGAGUUACUUGAAAGUCGAGGAUCGGGCUCUAUUUAAUCAUGUUAAUGCCCCCACACUCUGUCUUACUCCUAAAUAUAAAGACUAAAAUUAUUCACAAAUUCAUCAUUUCCACUGAAUCAUCAGAUGGAAGUUUAUAUCUACAUUAUUUUAUAAGCUGUACUGUGUACUUUUUCGAUCCUUUAAUUCAGUCCAGAUUCAGUAGGAAAUAAAGCCGAUACAGAGAGACAAAAACAUGCAGUUGAAGAUGGCUCCAAAAGUCAAGGGAUCCUGAUCAGCCCAAGGGACAGGGGUUUGUGGGUUACUGACUCAUGCAGAGAUGGCAUUGAGGUAUUCAAAAGCACAAGAAUGAUCAUCUGUUGCUCUUAGUACUCAAAUAGUCGGCUCUGACUGCUUACAUGAAAAUAUCAUACAGAUGUUUGUAUUAUUCUGAAUAAUAAUAUGACCAAAAAGCACAACAGAGGGGCAACAUGACAAAACUUAUUAGUUUCAAUUCUUCAUGAUUCAGAAAGAAAACGUUGCCAAUUAAUUGAUCUUUGACAGUAAGACAGUGUGCAGUCUCUUGUAACAGAUGUGUAAAUUAUCUUAUAUAUAAAUCCUGAGCUGAUAUGAGGGAAUACGACACUAGAAUUGAAAAGAACUACCAGCAGUCCAUUAAAUACAACAGAAGUGUCUGGUAUAUACUUACUGGCCAUUAACUGUGCCCAUUACAUGUUAAGUAGCCAGCAUAGACUGUAUAUAGAAUGGACGCCGUCUGCCUCCUCGAUGGGGGAAGCCACCUUGAGAACUGCGCCUACCUCCUCUAGCAAUCUUUAUGGAGUUGUGGACAAACUUUAGGUUAAGUUAUUAGGGGGUUCAUGUUUUCUAUGAUUAACACUUGAUACAGCCUAUGGGUGUACAAAGAUUAAGUCAAUGAAGAUUGCGUCGUUACAGCAACUCCCCCGUCGAAUGCAUACAACGCAACUGCGCAAGUGGCGGUUUCAGGAAGUGGAUACAAUCCCAAAAAUACCGAGAGCUGAAAAUUCAUAUAAUAACAAAAGGAGGAGCCAAGUUGUCCAUAGCAUAUACAGUCCAUGGUAGCCAGUCAAAGUUCAGGGCUUUGGGAUGGGGGCACCUUCUGCCAAUCAUAUUUCCAGUUUGGUCCAUGGCCUCCCUUUUGGACACCUCUAGAUGUUCUUCUUUUCUUUUGUGUUUUAAAUAUAUGUAUUUUAGUUCUUUUCUCAUAAAGAACAGCUGAAGGGAGAGAGUUAUAGGGAGUAGAGCGUGGUUGAAGACAUGCAGCAGCAGGAGGUCACGUACAGAGAAUGAACCAGGCACCUCUGCAGUGAAGACUGCCGCCUCUGGGUAUAAGGGACACUAUGUCUGCAAAAAAAUUCCCAUUCUUACUGCAGAAAUAAUCAUUUACUGUCAUGGUUUCGGGUACCGCUUACUUGCUUAUUCAUGCACACUGUACAGUGGGUGAAUUUUUCUACACUAUAUCUGUUAAGACACAUUUACAUAGCUGGAGGCACUGCUGAUUCGACUGACUGGUCGGUGAGUUGUAGCUGUAGCCCUUGCCUUGAGGCUAGAAACCCACCGCAGCUCCACUUUUUUUUCGGCCUGUGGCAAAAUUAAUUGAAAGCUAUGUUGAGUCAGCACUUCCAAUAUGGCGCCCACUUUAGCUCCAUAUCUUUCUGGUGGCGUCACUGAGCGGUCCAUUUUUUAUUCCCUCCUAUGAUUUUAGUGUCUUGCCUUAUUGGCAGUUUUGAGAGAUUCAGAUAAAAGUUUGGGAUGAAUACGAACAAAACUCCUCAUGUAAGGGUAAACUUGUUUGUUUAUGGAUAAGAGUAUAAAUGUCUAAAAGUUGACUUUGCUGCAGUAUUGAUUGGUUUUGAAUCUCUGCUCUCAUAACAAACAAACAGAUUUAAUUAGAAAUGGUCAUAACUCCACAUGCUCCUGUCAACGCAGGGAGAAGUCUGGGAAACAUUUCAUUCACAAGAGAACAUUAAACAACCCAAUACAUGAAUAAGAAAUGACAAUAGGAUAAAUGUCAUGUCUGCUUUUAUGGUCUGUUUUUAAGUAUCUGGAGAGAUGAAACCCCAUCAUUUUACUUUAUAAUACCAACUGUCUGACAUCUGAUAUUUAAUUAAAAGCCUGUUUUAGUCAAAUGAAUUAGAAGGUUGAUUUAUUCCUCUGAACUAAGCGAUAACUAACAUCCUCUCUGUUGUAAAAUUAGCACUAAAAACCAGCUCUGUACCAAUGUGAUAAUGCUCAUUUAGUUUAAAUUACAACAUGUAAAACGAGCCAAUUUCGGGGCUAAUAUAGUAUCAGCAUCGUAGUGAACUGGCUGCAGCCUGAAAAGCCCUCUCAGACAAAGUUAUCAUUGUUUUUGCAGGGAGGCAGACCUGUCACCCUGAGUGUGUGUUUAGCCCGUUUGCCAUGAAGGUUAUCAGGCCGGCACACAAACUAGACUAGAGGUGGAGGGGAGGCGGCGCGACUCACCAGAGGUUAGGGGGAAUAAGUAUGCAGCGCUGGUUCUUGUUUUCACCUGAGUGUGUGUGUGUGUGUGUCUGUGUGUGUGUGCGGUGGCUGUCUGUCCAUGCGUCUGUUUUCCUGCCUGUCUCUUUCUGUGUGUUUGUGCAGAAUCUCCCAGCAGGAGCAGCCAAAGUGCGCUCCUCCUAAUGUCAUCCUGUGGCCGUCCUCCAGCUAAAAGCCGGCGGCGAGCUCUCCUCCCUCCAAUGUCACCUUUCCUCUUUCAACACCCUACUUUUCUCCUUCUCCGGCGCCUCCUCCUCCUCCUCCUCACUCUUCCCUCUCUCUUUCCCUGUUUGUCAUUUUUCAUCAUCUGUCCAUGUUUGCUAAUCUCCGUCCUUUCUCUGCUCUCCGUCUCAAUUCAUCAUCUCCACUUGGGUCUGGUGCUGAAGGUUACCGAAUCGCUGAUAGAGAGAAGAAGACGAGGAGUAGACGAUCAUAGAGGCUGACAGUGAAGGAGGGGAGGAGAGAGAAGGAGAGGUUAUCCUCUCAUCUCCUUCUCUUUCUCUCUCUCUGUCCUUUUUUUGUUUCUUCUCUCUUUGCAUCUCUGCAUCCCUUUUCCAUCUCUGUGUUCUUAUUCUCCUUUACCCCCUCCUCUUCUGCUCCUCCUCUCCUGAUCUCUGCCCCCUCCAUCUGCCUCCUCCUGUCAUUUCUUCCCCUGACAUCGCUCACCUCUCCCUCCUUCCCCUUCUCCCCUUCUCCUCCUGCUGAUCCCUGCAAACUGACAGCCAUCAAUUUCAGACAGAUGGACGGGCUUCACACAAACAGCAUGUGAAGUGUGUCAGUUUGGACCUAAUGUGAUGUGAAGCCCGUUAGCGUGACCCAUGUGGACGAGGUCGACGUUUAGCCCCGGACAGUGUUUACGCUUUGAUUUGUGUAUGUUAAAUACGGUCAGAUCACCUUGUCUGCUGUGCCCCCAGCACAAAUAAAUGCAAAAAUACACACAUACAAACGCACAUCUCAGUACAUUAGGCUGUUAGUGCAUCCUAUCUCUGCGCACAUAAGGUCACAUUCAGAGCUCCUGUAUGCCUGGCUACACAGGCCAGCUACAUUAGGGGCCGGAGGAAUCGCACUAAAGCAGCCGGCCCGUCUCUAUCUGAAAUUCUAAUCAUCCCUCACAGAUAUUACUAUUCUGUCUGUGCUCCUGCUGGCUGCCUGGGCUCAGUUGAAAGCUUUGCACUAAAGUUUUGGUUAAACCGUGAAGGCCGAAGCUCAUUUCAUAACAUCCACAUUUGUAUAACAUAAUGAUAAACACAAUCUGUCUGUAACUCCCUGCCCCACAAUCUCCUGCCUGCCCGUCUGUCUCCCUUCACCUUGGCCUCCACCAACCGAAACUUCAAAACAAUGUCUUUUUUUUCUGAUCCAUCCCUUUGGUCAGUGUUUAUUUAUGCAUUAAACAUCUUUUCUUAAUAAUCUACCCUCUCAUCUUUCAAUUUCCCUUCCUUUCUCUUUAUUCUGUCUCCCUUAAAGCGUCUAACCUCUCCACUAUCUCAGCACCCGGGCACACACACUCACUUCCCCCCAUUUGACUCAACUCUUAUCUCCCCCUCUAUAUACUCCUUCAUCUCUUCUUCUUCUUCUUCUUCUUCUUCUUCCGAUCCGUUUUCUCUAUCUUCACUCCCUCUCUGUGCCCUCUAUCACUUCCCCUCUCCGUCCUCUCCCACGGCUGAAAUGAAACCCCCGUCGGCGUGAGCCCGGCCUGCCACACGGACCCGAGAAACAGACCUUGAAAAACAAGAUAAAGUACAUCAAAACUGCAAUGGGGCUCACCGCUCCACGGGCAGUGUGUAUAUUUUUGGAUACUAUUUCACAUUUUUACACCCUCCCCGCUCGCCCGCCCGUCUCCACCCAGUCUGAUCGUCUGCUCAGCUCUCCUCUUUCUCUUCCUCCUCAGACAGACAUUGUCGCAGUCCUGACAGUGAGGCGAGUCUGCAGUGAUUAACAUUGAUUAAAGUGACUAACGAGUCUCCUUUUCAUUCUGCCGGGGUGUGUGUGUGCAUAUGUGGUUGUCAGAGUGUAUGUUGUUAUGUGUUUUUUGUGUGCGCGCAUGUGCUUUUGUGUUCAGAACGUGUCCAUAAAGCUGUCACUCAUCUGGGCUCGGGUGUGAGGGGAAAGAAAAGCCCAGCUGUGAGUGCUUAGCAGUUAAGGUGUGUAUUCAACUGCAUUGUUCAGAGAUGAAUAUGUGUGUGUUUGUGUGUAUUUGUGGGUAUAAUGUAGUAUACAUCCCACAUGGAGCACACUCACCAAUUAAACUGCCUGUUCAGGAAAGACUUAUCCUUUUAUUUCCUGCCACAUGAACAUUGUAUACUCAGAUCCGCGCAGUGAGAGCAGAGCAACCUGCAGCUUCAUUCAGCGCCAAGUGACCAAUCAAAUCAGCCGUUUUCAUCCACAACAACCAAGUCUGCCGUGGUGUUUCAGUGACUGAAAAUCUGUGUGAUUUUUUUAGUCUUUAUAUUGCACGGUCGGAGCUGUUUGUCUUGCUAACCUUUUUCUGGAAAUUUGUGAAAGUGAUUUGACAGAGGUAUAUAGAGUUUUUAUUGUUUUUUAUUUGAACAUUAGAUCAGUUUUAGGUGGAUGAUAAGAGGUUUUCUUCAAGUUAAGAGGUCAUUGGGAUCAUAACCAGACCCUGGAGCUUCCUUCAGUUUUAGUGGGUGUUUUAACAUCUCUCAGCACUUUGUUUUUACUUUGUGUUUAGCAACUGUUAUUGGGCUUGUUAAGUGUCAGUUUUUAGCUAAAUGGUUCUAACCAUAGACAUAAGAUAUGUAGAUGUCUCAUAGACUGAUGCUGCCUAUUUGAGCUGACGUUUCAGCAUGGUGGCCAUCUUGGAUGGGUUCCCCAUGCAUCCUCAGUGCAUUUAUUGGUAACCCUUUCUUUUACAGUACACUUAUAACCAGGUAAUUAACAGAUAAUUACCUAGUAAUAACAUGAAAUGAUCUAAUAAUUAUCUAGUAAUUACAUGAUAACUACUAAGUCAAUACUGUCUAGUUUUUCUUUUUUCUGCUCCAUUUUCAAAAGCUAUUUGGGGUUCUUAUUUUCUAUGAUUGACACUUGAUACAGCCUAUGGGCAUGUGAAGAUUGCGUGGCGAUACGCUGUUUGAGCCGAGCAUUAUCACAGCGACUCACCGGCCGAAUGAUUCGGCUUCAAAUUUGUAUGAUGAUGGAAGGUUACCUACCUGGUAGCUAGACAGUAUUAACUUAGUAGUUAUCAUGUAAUUACCACAUAAUUUCAUGUUAUUACAAGGUAAUUACCUGUUAAUUACCUGGUAAUAAGUGUACUGUAAAAGAAAGCCUUACCCAUUUAUUUCUUAUGAGGAAGGUAGGUUUGCCCAACUAAAUUAAUCACAACUCUUCUAAAUUUUACCUGGUUUUCACAUGUUUUUGUUUUUUUUUAGACAUAGGGCUUGUUCUCUGUUGACUCCGGUUGGCUUUGUUGCGAGCCUAGUGUGAGGAGACCCAUUCAAUACGGCAGGGACACUGGAUUACAAUGAGGCAUCUAUGUAUAUAAGGUCUAAAGUUCCAACUUUCUAUGUGUCUAGUACCUUCCCAAGAACCAAAUAUAAAACUCUGUGUGGUGACAAGCUGGCAACACGGUGUAGCUGCUAGCAUGUAGCAAGCAAUGAAAGAGCCCAAUAUUUAAGACAAAAAGAGAUAAUCAUGAGUGGAUGUUGAAUUUCACAUUGAACCAACCAUAAAAGGUGAAGAUUAGACUUAAAAACACUCAGAAGACCAAAAAUUUGCAGGUACAUGCAGAUGAUAUAAAUCAUUGGAGACUGGCCGCAUUUGUUUCUAGUUAAAAAAAAAAAAAAAAAAAAAAAAAAAAGUGACAGCUUAUGCUUCUCUAUUUGUUUUUGUUUGUUUGCACUUCAGGGCCACCGUAGAAAUAUAAUGGGUAAGGAUCACUAAGUCUGCUGGUGCACAUAGUCAUGUUGGUAGUUUGAGUGUCUCUAAUGUUAGCAUAAUCAGCAUUGUAUGCCUAUGUCAGUUACAGGAUUUGAAACUAGAUACUACAUGAUCUCCUUUCUCUAAACCAAAAUACUCCAAAACCACACACUGCUGUGAGAUUCCACCUGUCACCUGAGCUUGAGCAGCAGAGCAUUAAAGCAUCAUGGCAGUGACCAUGAACCAGAGCUGCAGUCCUGGCUAGUGGUGCGCUACAACUCAGUGAGUUACCCCAGCUAGCUUAAAUAUUCAUCACAUGUCAUUGUGGUUUACGCUACAUUGAAAAUUCAACUAGGUCUGCAUACUAUCUUCAUUGACCUGCAAAUUUUAGUUUUUGUUUUCGACCUGGUGAGACAAAAACAUCUGUGACAAGACGGUAAUACAGCUGAAGCAUCACAACAAGGUUGAGAAAUGAUUAUAUUGAUGAUUCGCCCUGCCCCUUUUUCUUUCUGCAUAAAAGCACACCAAAUUGACACUUAAAAAAAGAGCGGUAUGCUCUGUUGAGCUUUAAACAAAAGCCGAGCAUUUGCAUGAGCUGUGUGACCCAGGUGUGAUUGAGCGUGUUGAUUUAGUGCUGUAUGGUACCUGAACACAGGAGCCGGAGCACUAACCCUCCUGGCUGAGGCGGCACAGGCUGAGUGAGCCUUUGAGGUGCACAGAUUCACAUCCGACAUGGCUGCCUGAGCCAUAAGAACAACUCCAUGAAUUAUGAAAGGGCACAAGCUCUUUGCCGGGUUGCUCUGAGAGGGGGAGCGAUGGAGGGAGAGAUAACUACACACUGUAGAUAGAUAGAAAGAUAGUGUAGCGUGAAGCAAAGUGGAAAAAAUAAAGGAGAGAGAGAUGCUCGGGCACAAUGAGCGAGGGAGAUAAAGUGUGCAUGUGUAGUGGAGUGAAAGAGUGUUUGUUUUGGAGUGAGGGGGGAAAAGUGUGGGGUUGUCUUUGUGUGAAUUUCGCCUGUGGGUGUGUGCCUCCUUCUUUAAUGUAACCAGCUGUGUAACUAUGCCAUCGGAUUUGGGCGCUCAUCACCGGGCAACGUUUUCACACAGACACAACAUACACCACGCAGGCUUUGUUCCAGCUUUUCAAACAGUUUCUACUGCGGCGGUGUGACAGCACGCGAGGAGGGGAUCUGCUGCUGCUGCCCACCGAUCCAAACCUCAGCAGAAAACCGAGGAGAGAAAGAGACAGGAGAUUUUUUUUUUUUUUUUGGCACCAAUUAUCUAAUGUGUGAUCUUAGGCCGGGCUGCCUGUCACAGGCAGCCUCUGGUUUAUUCUGUCUUUUAAUCUUUUGAGUAAUCUUUUCGCCACUGCUGAGCUGGUGUCGCCGCAGUGAACUCCAAGACAAGGCAAUUCCAUUAGGAGAUGGCAUGAGGCUGCAUUCAUUAAUGGCCUGGCCAGAUGCUGGGAGGGGGGGAGGAGGUAGUGAGGUGGUGAGCGUUUGGAUUUGAUUUGAUUCCUUGAGAUAAUGUAUUGUGCCUCAUCACAAAGUUGUUCCAGAAAGGUUUUCAUAUUCAGCAGAGGGGGUAUUGUGGCUGCGAAGAGAGCAGGUGGAUUUGCUUGAGUAUCAUUGUUCAGUGAAACAACCCGUCUACUGUCUCUUGCCAGCACUCUUUUCUUGUUCCAGGUCUCUAUCUCUGUGAAGCCUCACCUGGGCCUGCUCAGUAUUCAAGGCUCCCCAAAUGUCCUCUCAAAUCUUCCCUCAAUCUAUUUGAAGUGUUAAAAGAGACUCCGUGUAGCAUCUUUAGUUCCUGCACCAGUACCUCUCUCUCCUUUCACUGCCUUCUUUCAUCAACAUACAGCAGUUGAGGUUUGUUGUGAAAUUUUCACAGGAAUUGGUGGGGACCAAAAUACUUCUAAGAAACAGCAACUUGAGCUCGCUGAGAUAACCACAGAUGACAAGAGACAGAAGCUAGCAGCCUGUUCUCACUCUUAAGUUGUCAAAUGUGGCACCAAAAAAAUCAACAUAUCUUUCAUUUACUUGAAUUCCCAUUUCCUGAUAUUAAGAAACGACUCUUCCUGGGGUCCACACAUGUCAAAAUAAUAAUAACAUCCUAAAAAAUAAUAUUAUCAAUUCAGCUCAAAAUGGAAUAACAGAAUACAAUCCCAAGAAAAAAGGUAGAUUUGAUUUCAGACAACAUUAGCAAACUGUUUUUGAAUCAUGAGAGCAAUCUCUCAAAGUACCACUUACCCAGAAACCACUCUAGCAUCAUUUCUGGUCACUGACUACCUGCUUUUUGUUUUGAUGUGGUUUUAAAGUAGAAUCCUCACAAUAUCCGAUUCUCACCUCAACAAUCACUGUUGCUGAAAAAGCACAGCGAUCAUAUUAUUCAAAUACUUGUGAAAGACUUAAGAAAAUACAAUGCUACUAUUCACAUUAUGGAAAGGAAAGACGGGGGGGAUUAAAGGGGUAUUUCAUAAACUUUUAAGAGCUCAAAGGUGGGGUAGGCAGGAUCUAAAGGAAGUGCCAGUUUUGGGGAGAAAUCUUCCCCUCAGCUCCUCCUCUCCCCUCCGUCUCUGCUCCAGCAAGACCCGCCCACAAACAGACGCUCCUGCUCACUUUUAUCGUUUCAAUUAAAUUCAAAUAUAAUGCAGAUAAAUACUUCAGAUUAUUAGUUCUUCUACCAGAGUCUCCUGUAUUUAUUUCGUUUUCUUGCUUGUGUUGGCAGUUGUGGCUAAAGGAGGAUUCAGACAAUUUUCUGUACUUUCUGGUUGUUUUCUACUAGCCGAUAUUGUAGCACGCUAACUUUGUUUGGACUCGUGAACGACAUAGGGAAGCAGCAUCUGCCUCACAACUAAUCAGGUUCAGGGAGGUGGAGAACGGCUUUGUUUACAUUCAGAAGGAGCAGGCCACUCAAAAAAUUGAAAAUGUUGACUACACAGACACAACAAAACACAGCAAUAUCAUUAUAUGACCAAAUGUCAUCAAUAACUAAUAGCUAUUGACUGAUAUUAAAAGCUUUUUGUAUAUACACCACAAAAAAAAGAUGCUUCUUUAACGGAAUCCUGCCUACCCCACCUUUAACUAGAAACCUGGUUGACUAACUUACACGUCAACCCCCACCUACCCACCCCCCAAGGUUAUAGUACCUUGCCGUCUUCUGUCAUGUCUUCCAACAUGAUUCGUGCUGCAGUUGAAGCCCCACAUUGCUGUGAAGACUAGAUAGCAGUCUGGAUACUUAAUCUUCUUCAGGGUGAUUUUACUUCCAAUAAGAAGAUUUGAAUUUGCAAAUAUUCGUAAACAUUCAGCAUUUAAGUUUAGCCAGAUGACAGCCGAGCCCACAGUUUGGGGUUUGUCUCGUGGAACACAACGAUGGCCAAUCGGGAGCGAAUCUGACUAAAGAAGGAAGCUCAACAAACAACUCCAGUUAAUGUGCAGCAUUUGUUGAUGUCAGAAAUGGAGGACCAACAACACAAGUGUUCGACAAUCUGUCCUCCGAAACAGUAGGGAGGGGAGACAGUAAUUGCUGGAACAAUGCGUACCGGGUAGCUGAGCAGUUGGCAACUUUAAACUACGUACAUUACACUACUCUACAAAAGCAAAACUGUUGAAUGUUUCAUUAUUUGUCCUCAUGAGUGGGCUCUCUCACAAUUUCAACAUCUGUUAUGAGAUUUUAAAGUAUUUCUAGUUUUCCACAAGCCUCUCUAGUGUCUCUUCUUGCACUGUCUGCAUUCAUCAGAAAACAGCAUUGUGAUUCCUGUCCUUCAAGACGUAAACAUGCUAAUAGAUGCCUCACAUUCAGCGCUUCUUAUUGUUUCUGUAACAUAAGUGCCUGCAUGAACCUGUAACCCGACACACGCGUCCUUGGGAGAUUGAAAGUGAUACAAAAGGGAAGCAGAAUACAGCCAACGGAAAAUGAAAGUAUUAGAAGAGGCACAAAAGACAGAGAGAUUGGAAGUAGAAGGGGCAAAAAAGAACAAUAAGAGUGGAGGAACUGGCGGUGAUGCAGAAAGGAACAGAAAACGUGGGCUGAAUACGGUCAAUUAUUCAAGAGAAAAAGGUCUGUCAUACCUUGGGAGCUGAUUUCGAACAUGCCUGCCUAGCAUCACCUGCUAAUGGGCCACAGAUUGACAUCCUACCUGAGCGCCUUAUCCCGGCUCUCCCUUCUCUCUCUCUCUAUCCUCCUGUACGAGCUCUUAUCAGGGCUUUCUGGUGAAACGUGUAAAUAAUUACUCCAUGACCACUCUGCUGUGCAAGCUGGGGGCUUGUUUGCACAAAGGAAAGGAGGAUAUAUUUUAAAAGGGCGAUGGGUUAUUUAAAGAGAAAUGGGUGAAUUAUUUAUGGAGGCCUUCUCAGUUGUGUUUGCGCCUCUGUACUUGGGGUAUAUUUGGGCUAGCUGGAAAUAACGUCAUUGUGCGUUUUUUAUUUGCCAAAUGAAGCAUGUGUUCAGCCUCAUUCAUAAGUGAGUAUGUGUGUGUGUGUGUGUGUGUGUGUUUUUCUUUGACAUUUCCUUUCUGGUUUAAAAGUGCAUGAGUGUGUGUGUGUUUAUAUGUGUUUGGUGCCCUUUCGGGGGGCUGCGUACCUACAUGAAACCCUGUGGUUGCCAUGGCUCAGAGAUAAAAGAGCAGAUUAUUCUACUUGGCAUCCAUUAGGGCUGGUGUUGGCUGAAAAUCGUCCAGUCUAAAUCUGACCUAGAACUACUUUCCUUCAUCUUUCUUUUUUCACAUCUCACCCUCCCUCUCUCUCUCUUUCUCUUUUGUCUUUGUUCUUUUUCUUCUCUCUCAUUCUCUCAGGGUAAGAGAAAGAGAGAGGGAUAUGUGUGCCAGCUGAGAGAAGUAGCUUAAAGACUGAUUUUUUUUUUUUUAAGUUUACACCCUACUGUGGUUGACUUCCUGUGAGAGCAGCUCACUCCUCACAUGCUGAACUUCAAAGCUUGCGUAGCCUACUUUGUAAAGAUAAUAGAAGUGUCUGAGUCCUCUCAAGCUCAUGAACCUCUCUGUGGAUUUUGACUAAUAUUUCCUCAUAUAUGGGGAUGUCAGGGGUUUACCUGCAUGCUGGUUUUUUAUACCCAUUUGGUUCAUUUGUCCCUCAGAUUCACACUUACAAACCUGACGUGAACUCAGAGCUGUUUUUCUUGAGUGUGUCCUCUGCUCUGUCAGGGGGCAGACAGUCGGCGAUGGGCGAGAUAAGCGGUUUUGUCUAUGGCCGUGGCGAGUUGGCGGGAGAUGCUUGGCACCCUCACUGAGGGCGUGUGCUGUGGAGAAUUCAUCUUGAUGAGAGCUGCUUUUGUGUGUCUUCCUGCUAUCUAGCCUCUCUGUCGGACUCUCUCUCUCUCUCUCUCUCUCUCUCUCUCUCUUUCUCUCUUUCUCUCUCUGAGGCCAGCAUGCGUUUAACAAACCCCCUAAAAUACACACUGAAUUUAUUUGUCAUGUCUCCUAUAUACAUUCACUCACAAGUUUAGUCAUUCAACCAGUGGAUCGCCAUCAUAGAUGAGUGAGUGAGUGGAUCAGAUGUGCCAUAAGAUGAAUCAAACAUAUUGAUUGUUGAUUGUGCAGCCUUAUCUUCCAAAGAAUGUGUUUUGACUGAUUGGUUUAUAAAACAAGUGACUCAGUGUGCAGGCUCUGACCUUGACUAAGGUUGUGUUGGUUUGUUUACAUAAUCAAAAAUGUCACUUUUUGUCAGUUUAACUAGGGCUGGGCGAUAUGUCCUCAAAUCAAUAUCACGAUAUAUUGAGCAGUUCACCUCGAUAACGAUAAAUGGACAAUAACUACUCAACAAGCUGUUCACCCCCUCCCACAUUAACUUCGUCAAAUUCAGCCGCUACAACUUUUGAACCGUCCUCCAUCUCCUCACCUGUCUUUCCCUCUUUGAGAGAAAGUCACGUUUCUGAUGUAGGACAACGUCUUAAAGGGACAUGAGACCAUAGCCUACCUACACGCAUCCAAAACCAACUUUUAUUUAUUUAUUUGACACCUAAUAUACCGAUAUUGGCAAAAUGACUUCGGUUAUUGUCGUAAAUAUCGGAAUCUACAUAUUUUCGGUUUAUCGCCCAGCCCCAAGUUUAACUCUGUUUUACUGAAUAGUAUUCAUCACUAUCUGAGUUUUAACUGUAUAAAGCUUUGUUAUGCAGCUAAAACUGUGAGGGUGAGAAUUUCAGUGAAUGCAUUUACAGAUGUCCGAAAGCAGUUUACUUACAAGAUGUGUAAAACAGCUUUUUAUAACACAGACUCUAUGGAGGAAAUGGGGUUACAUAGACUCUUGCUAUUCGAAAGCCUCGUGUUUGAAGUAACUACAUUAUUUUUAAUGCCCUGUAGUGCACUGAUAAUAUGUUUGUAUGAGACAAGAUCGGUAAAUAAACCGUCACCAUUUAAUAAAAGUCUCAGAAGACGCAUUUUGAUACAUUUAAGGGGGUCAGCUGCAGGUUUAAUAGUCUUGAUAAGGAAAGCAUGAUUUGCAUUUUUCAAAAUAAAAUGGACUCAUUCAGAGUAAAAAAGAGAAAGACGACACAUUAGAGGUGACUCACUAUAAGAUAGGAAGAUGAUUACAACCAAAAUGCAUAAUGGGGGUUCGUCAUGAUGGCUGUCUUCUGUUUUCUUCUUCUAUUUUGAAGCAAAAUUUGAUUAGUUUUUGGCAUCAAAGAUUAUUUAUCAAUGAGUAUGAUAAGUGUCAUUCUGAAAAGACUGAAAAAUAAUUAAAUCAACUCCAUGUUCAAUCAUUGUAUCCAGUUAUUUCUUUGGAUUACAACCUCUCCUUUAUGAUAAUCCUAUUUGAAGAGUAGUACCCAGUCAAUGAUCCUUCUUCUUCCUGUAUCUUUAAAUGCAAAUGCGUAGAAGUCAAACCAUAGUUUCUGGUUUCACUGCUGUUUUCAUAAAUGUCCCUAUCUCCUUCACAGAAUCCCAAAUUCAUAUUCAAAUUGUCACCGAGCACCACAUUCAUCAACCCGGGAACACAUCAAAUUCAAUCUAUUUUGAGGCCUUAAUCUGCGCUCUUAUACCUGUACACUCGCAUAGACACACAGACGCACACAUAUUUAAUCAUUUCUGGUAGGAACGCUCCAUUGUCCAUGUCUGAAUGUCGGACCUUUGCGGGAGACUGGGCUGUGAAGGAAAGAGGAGAAUGAGUUCUGCUUUUCAUGAUUUGACGACAUCAUUCUGCAGAGCUGGUGAAUAGUGAAGCUGUAAGAGGAGGUUUGGUGUGAGACAGUAAAUGAGGAGUGAGCAGGAGAGCAGGCGUGGGUGCGAUCGAGGUACAAUUAGAGCCUCGGCGUGAGGGAGAUGGACCCUUGUUAUCGCUGCUUGUCUCUGGAUAUAAUCACAGCACCAACUCAGCGGGAUGGAUGACUUUUCAUGGCUGGCUUUGUCUGCUGCCAGACAUCACCUCAUGUUACCUCUGAAGACUUUGUUUCCUACUAUCAAUAGACGAGGGUCACCAAUUAUAAUUUACCAAUUUCCCUCCUAUGCUGUCUGUAGUUUUUGGGUCCCUCCUUUCCGUUUUAAUGAGUUCAUGUCAUCCUUACAUUUUCAGACACCUCCAAACCUGGCUGCAUUUAAUUAAAGCCUAAAAUCAUGAGUAUCUGCUGGGUUUGAGUUUAUCCCAUUCUGCUGUCAAUGUGGAGUCUCCACACCAACGCAAAGCUCAAAGCACAGAGGCCAAUUAUAGCCAGAAAAAAUCUGUCCCAAGUGGUCCUUGGAAACAUUUCAAUCCAAUAAAAGGGAGAAAAAAGCAGCCGAGUGGCCUCAGUUUCAUUCAUUUUAUGCAAAGAGUCUGGUUGGAGCAUAGCCACGGUUUAAUAUUCAACUGCAUCAUUCAUAUUUCUGUUUGAUAUUUAAACUUCCUCUGUGGAUGUCUAGAAAGUAAAGAGCAGCUUAAGCCACAUAGAUUAAUCAAUGGAAUUUAUGCCUGUUCAUAUUUCCUCAGAGCGAGCUGGCAGCGGCAACCCAUAAUGCUUUGCAAGUGAUUUAAUCAGAGGCUGGAGCUGUGGAAAUGGCGUUAUUAUGUUGAUCAUGAUCAGUUUUGUUUCCCUCACUGCCACAAUUCAAAUAAGGAGGCCCAGUGAGCCAAACAGCAAACACAAUAAGCCCUUUGUGUGAGGCCAGGGGCUCCCGAUGUUAUUUUUAAGGAGGUUCAGUUCUGCUGAAAAAGAAACCAAGAUAAAUGUGAUUUUCUAUGAAUACUGGGCAGCAUAAAAAAAAUGUUUCUUGUAUUUUAAAGCUGCUGUGAGGAAAUUGAACUAGCAUUGAUUUUGGCAGCAUCUGUGUGCUAAGAUGAAUGCUGUAUCACUAAUCUGACUCUGUCCUAUCGAACCCAAGGUCAUUUUUUCUGGCAAAAAAAAAAAAAUCUUAAACUGGAAUCUUCAAUUUCCAAACCUGUCAAUCAUGUUGGAUGUCUGCUUGAAAAAAUGUAAAGGAAAGCUAUUUCUUUAUCAUGCUGUCCAACAUCUGCUCUGUCACCUGUUUCCUCACAGCAGUUUCGAGCAAAUUUCAAUCUGUCUCACACACAGUGGAAAAAAAAACCCUUACAGGAGCUUUAAUGUUUAACUGGCUUCAAAAGCUGAAACUAAAGAUUAUUGAACACAAGGAGCAUUUGUUUCAUAUUUUAUAGAGAUAACUUUAUGCUUCCCCACAAUAGAAUAUUGAGUAAUUGGAUUAAAUUAAAGAAUAUCUUUGGGUAUUUUCUGUGAUAAGCAUCUAAAAUUAUUAUUUUUUUGUGUAGCUUUAGGUGGAGUUAAGGCUUCAAACAACAAAAUUAUAUUUUUUUGAACAGAUUUUACACCCGAUUCCCAAACUGUCAAAUAAUUAUGUCCGAUAGUUUUAAAAAUUGCUCAACACAAAUAUCCUGGAGCCAAAAAUACACUUAGACUGGGUUCAUUUGUCAAAUGAAUGGAUAAAAUCCCAACUCAGGCUCUGUAUGUGAUUUUAAUUGGACUUGUUUUAUUACCAUUCAGCCACACAAACAAAUCUGAUAGUUUUGCACUCUCAGUCUGUUAGGUUGUGGAAAAGGAUACGUUUGUAAUCCUUUGUUGAUGAAUUACUGUUAAAGGUUCAGUGGAGAACUUUUGGUUUGUGUCAGUUUUGGCGCCCCCCUGUGGCCAAACAACCUUUGCUAAUUUUGUCCUAAACAUGCUCCGGUAGUGUCCUCUGAUACUGCUAAACCUCAAUCUUUCUAACUCUGGCAGUUGGAUGGAUAAAAAAUUGAAAACUUUUGUGUAUCUCUAGAGAUGUCAAGAAACUUCUCACAGUAGCUUUAUGUUCAUCAUCCAUUGACCUCUAUGGAGGGUCUUAAACCUCCAGCUUGUGUAUAUUUGUGAGCAAUAAUAUUUAACUACCCACUGAAGCUCGAAUCCUGACUCAUCUCUGUAUAAUCCCCCUCUAUCCAACUGUAAAUCCAGGGGUGCAGCCACUAACACAUCCUGUGCUUUUAAACUGGUGACGCUGCGUACCCUCCUAUAUGUGUUUGCUCCUGUUUAGUGAGCUAAUAAUUUACAUUUCUGAAAGGGUCCCUGAAGCCCUCCCGAAAAAUAUUACAAGAGGCACGCCCGGAGCGAGUCUGGGGGAUACAAAAGACACCAAGAAAACAGAACAGUCGAGACCAUGCAGAAAGUGAAAGAUCCAUUUCUAAGCUCCUGUGUCGGCAAGAAUCUUCCCCACAAGCUGCUGGAUGCUGCUCUUUAGCUGAGGCUGCACAGUGACGGCCCACUGAGACACUCUGCUUAUUGGAGAUCAAUAAAAUAUCACUUUAAAGCUGAAAUCCUUAACUCUCUGCAUGUUCAACGGCAGCAGCAAUUUAGUACUCACUGUCCAACACAUGAAGCUGUUUCACUUUAUCACGGUUGGCAAGCGGUUUAAUUGUCACAUCAGAGCAGCUAAAAACACAUGUAUCCUUUACAGAGGUGAUUAAUUCGUUAGGGAGAUAUGGUAUGUCUGCACUUCUCUGCAGCAGAUUGACGCUACCGCUUAAAAAACAGAUUUAAAUAUUCUGGAUGAUCAGGGUGUUGAAAGGCUGAGCUGUAAUUGGUUGAAAACAAAAACUGUCAAAAAAGAUGGACAACAAGUAUCCACCCUCUCCUACUGUACAUAUCUACUGUAAGGCUUCUAUUUUUGCCAGAUGCCGGAGCACAGCGCAUCAGUUCAGUGCAGCGCAGCACGAGCAGCAGCGGAAGUUGUAUGCGGUUACAGAGUAAAAUAUUCGGUUAAUUUUCAAAAUAAAAUAAAGUCAAUACAUUGAACUGUUGUUAACUUGAUAAUAGGAGAGGCCAGAGUUGUGGGAUGUGGGUGUUUAUAUACACUGAUCGGCGGAUCUCACUCUAUGACUCCCGGGGAAACACGCAAGAGCUCGUGAGAUCUCGUCCAGUUUCGCAAAAAAUAUCGGUAAUCUCGCGAGCGCUUCUCCUCCGACGGCAGAUCGGAUGUAGGAUUGCGGAUCUGAUCCGCCUGCCGGUCUGGAAUGGAGCGGAGCUGUUCCGGAUCCUGUGGGUUUAGCCAGUAAGGCACACCGAAUUGUAAGGCGAAUUAAGCAUUGAUUGUUGCUAGCGCGUACUCCGGGCCCCCGGCUGCUUUACAUGAAUGCACUUCUAGUUUAGACAUUACAGUCAGGCAGUCUUGUAGACAGCUCAGGGGUCCUGUUAUCGGGCUGAUCAAGUAGUGACACAGUGUACCGUAAUGCUCCGAAUAUCCAUUAAGCAGAGCCAUUGGCUUGUUUACUAAAGUCGUACUUAUGCAUUUCGACAGAUUUUGAGCGCAUUGUACCACAUAAAAUCAGUCAGUAAGCACAACAAGUAAUCAUAUAUAUGACGCACUGUCAAUUUUUGAGAAAGUUUAAGGAUUUUUAGUGCGCCUUAUAGUCUGAAAUAUACGGUAUACUGCAGCUGGUCAGGAGAGCAGCUCCAGUUUGUAUUUGGUUUUACUUUUGGAGGAGCUUUUAUGUCGUCUGUCUUUUUAAACAAUUCAGACUUAUAACCCGAUGUUAUUUAGAGUGGCUGCAGAAGGUAAUUACUAUAAAAGUGUCCUUGAGCGUGGCAGAAAUAUAUAUUCUGUGUGAUACUCGAGAGCCGCACAGGAAAUCUCUUUGGACUGUAAAUGUAAAACAACUAUGAUUGCAAAGCUUCCUUUGAAUGAAUGAACACAUAUAGAUAUAUGGCUGUUUUUUCCAGUGGGGGUCUCAAGGUUAAAGUGCUGAGAAAGAAGCUGUAUGGAGGAUUUUAGAGGAAACGGUAAAUAUAAAAAGGUUAUGUUCCUCACUUUCUCUGCAGCGGGAGUGGACAGAGGUUAUGGAGGAAACUGCUGGAUGUCUCCCAGCGGCCUAAUAGCGUCAGAGAGGAGUUGCAGCGUUUGCCUCUUCCCACAAACUUGCUCAGCACUUGUUUCUCCCCCAAUCCUCCAUUUUGGAUCGAAACGUUGUAAAGUGGGCCGUUAAUUGCGGCGUUAACUCAAUCAGGGGUGACUCACAGGAGAUAUUGUGCUUUAGUGUGUGUGUACUUGCGCGUCCGAUUGUUGUCUGUGUCUUUUGCGUGAACGAGUAAUGAGUUUUGGUGCUGAGGUACGGAGAAAAACAGCCGAGCCCAGCGCGUCCCUGCUGGGGGACCGGAUCAGAGGAGUCUCGUCGGUAGUAAACAGAUGAUUGGUGAAUGGCAUUUUAGUCUCCCUGUUUCACACACGGGUAGUUGAUCCUCCUGAUGAGACUGAUGUUGAUUACCCCAGAGAGAGUGCAUUUAAGGUUAUUAAUGAGGAUUACAUGCUGACCUCAUCUAUACUCAGAGAAGUUUCUGCAAGUAUGAGGAAACGCAGCCAGACUGUGAUGCUGUAGCAGUAUACAGGAGGUAGAAGUUUUUACACAGUAACUGAAGUUAAAGUUUGAUGAACUAAUCCGUCAUGGCAGCCAUUUUUUAAAGCAAUAAUGACUCAAACAGAGAUAGCACAGACGGUUAAGACGCAUAGAUUAUUUACUAUAUAGUCUGGAGUGGAUGUGAUAGUACAAGUGCAUUAUUUAAAUUAAAACCCAGGCUGGAUUUGAGUCAAAUCCUGAUCAUAUACUAAAAGCAGAGAGCGAACAAUUCCUCUGAUAUCUUCAUUAUAAUGUUGUUCCUCUGAGUUCCUGGGUGCAGUGUUUUAAAUUCAGGGACUCUGAGGCCUCUUUUAAAUAGAUCGUGAACAUAAGAGGGGAUCGGAGAGGACGCCGUCAGACAUUUAUGACCGUCCUGUAGCUACACGCUGUAACGGCUGAGGCUUCAACCUUUGCUAGUUAACAUUACCAUUCACUUACUUAAACAUUAGCUAGCUUAUAUCAACGUAAGCUAGCAAUUUAUCCCUUUUUUUAGUUGUCUUGUAAUCCUGUCAUAUCAUAACAUUAACAUUCAGACACUCAUGUUCUCCUGGGAGUCAUUCUUCUGACUUUGCUACAUUCAUAUGUUCAGUUCAUAAAGUUGGAGUUUACAUUACCUUACUCUUUGAACAAGGUCUAAUAAUGCUUAGAUAUUGCUUUAGCUAACAUAGCUAACUUGUCAUUAAAUGUAAAGUAUCAUACUUAUGUUAAUAUCUAGGUUUUCUGAAGAGACUAGGUCACUUUUUAUGGUACGUUUACAUUUUCAGUUCAUAAAGUUGGAUGUAACAUAACCUUACUCUCUGAACAAGGACUAUAAUGCUAUAACUUUGCUUUAGCUAACAUAGCUAAUUUGUUAUUGAAGGUAAAUUAUCACAUCUAACUUUUCUGAAGAAACUAGGUCACUUUUUGUGGACAGUAGAUAUUUAUAACACCGUGUUAUGGUAUAUUUUGGAGCAAUAUGUGAAUUACUAAAAAGUUACCUAACAUUUGUGAAAGUUUGUUGUCUAAUAAGUCAUUGUUGCUCUUACUUGAGUGUUUUUUCCGACUCAGAGAGUUGCUUUUCCGAUGUGUCUGACUAUAAUAAUAAAGGCAGCUUGAAUCUAAAGUUAGCAUGAGUAGAAAAAGGGUCUCAGUCAAACCCUGUAAUCUAACUUGGACAUUUCUUUGAACCUGUCUGGAGGAUAAUAAACUUUGAUGGCUGGGGCACAGCUGAAGAAAGAGAGGCUUAGAGCUGAAAAGCAAAAUGUUGCAGAAACCUUGCCCCGAGUGGUUCUUACCUCCACAUCUUCCAUUACUCCUGAUAAUAGACACCCAGUAGUGCAUUACCUUGUACUCUUACCUUGCUGAUUUUGACAGAGAAAACUUUGUUCAUUAGCUGUUAGUAGAUGAUGAAGCACACAAAGAAAGUUCGAGAACAAAUCUUUAGUUAUUUUUUCAGAAGAAAAUUGAAUUUCAAAAGGAGAAUGUGAAAGAAGGGAAGGGUUAGAAGUUGUCUAAGUGUAAGAUGGAGUAAAAACACUUUUCUUUAAGGAAGCCAUUUUCCCAUUGUGCACCCUCUACGUUAUUUGAGUCCAUCAAAGUGCGCCUCUAACAGCUGAUACAGCUGUGAUUUAACUCUACACAGUCUUUCUACCAGUGGAUAAACCAGAGAGGAGACUUUUCACCUCAGUUGGAGGCCAUUACUGUCGUUCUCUACAGAAAAAUUUGGACUAUGUUUGUCAAAAGCAACAACUUGUCCCUUCCAGCUGUUUCUAAAGGAUUGUUGAGAACUGUCGGAGCCUGUGGCACUAAAGUAGGGCGAACCUGCAGCAGAACAAACAACACUAACUUCAGAGCACCUUGGUGGGUUUAGACUUUUCAUUUCCAUUCAUGUCAGUGGAAAAAUAAAAACGAAUACAAUUGCACUGGUGUUAUUUUCCUUGAAAGGCAGCUGUGCUCAUGCUUCUGCUGUCACUUUGAUGCAACCUGGCAGAAUUAUUAUCCAGAAAAAUGUUGGAGGACGUGGACUUGCUUUAGUUUUACGCUCUGUGAAGCAAAGAAGAAUUGAUUGACAUUACUCAUGUGGAAAAAUAUAUCUGGAUCUUGUUUUUUAUUCCUCUAUAUUUUUGUACAAACACAUUAUUCUUUGUGGGUCUCAUUUUCACUGCAGGAGUGACAGAUUUUCUAUUGCUCUGUUCCUGUCCACUGUAUAUUUUAAGUAUCUUUAGCGUUAGCCGGCUGUUGUUAUUUAUUGAUACGGGCAGUAUUCUCCAAAGAGUCUUUUUAGCGCAGAUGUGAAAGGUGCAGCGCUGCUAUCUUUGUCUCAGUCUUCCUUGCUCGUUCUCUCUCUCUCUCUCUCUCUCUCUCUCUCUCUCUCUCUCUCUCUCUCUCUUUCUCCUGGCAGUCUUCACCAGCUUGUGCAGCCUUUACUAACUAGCCAUGCUCUCUGCGCAAAUGAUGAUGAGACAGCAAAACCAGAAGAGACAAUGCACAGCAGAAAAUGAGGAAAGAGAGUUUAGGAGAGAGAGAGAGAGAGAGAGAGCUGCAGAAAAAGAAGAGAGAAUGAGAUCCAUCAGUCUUUUUUAUGCACUUUUACCACAUAUAUGCUCCUCCCCAGGGAGCACUAUGUCUCUGUCUAGACCACGACCCUCUCCUCUCUGUGCCAUUUUUUCUUUGUUGUCAUCAUCCAGUGCAUUUUCCUCCCUAUCUCCCUCUCCCCUCGUCGCCUCCCACCACCUUCAGUUAUUAAAUCUCCUCUCACCCUCUUCUUCCUCUGUUUCUCCUCCCUUCCUCUCCCCCUCUUUCUCUUCUCCUCUGCCCUGCAACCUUUCUGUCUUGUGCCACUAAGUGUUCUUAUAUAACAGCUAGCACCUAGAGGGACUUCUCUCACCCACCCACCCACCCACCCAGCCUCCUCCUCCUCCUCCUCCUCCUCCUCCUCUUACUCCACCCUUUUAGCCUCCUGUUUUUUCUCCCUCUUCUACACCUUCUCAUCUCCCCCCACAGUCAUUUUUCCUCCUCUCCACUUUCUUCUUGCUGACUUCACUUUUAGAAACAAAUGGUUCUGCUGUGUAAUUCUUCCACAAAUAAUUAAACUCAAAAGUCAUCACAAACUAUUCUGAUUCACGAUUAACCGCUUCAGAUGUUUUUCAAGCAGGAGAUUUCAGACAUCAGACUUUUGCUAGUUGUGGAUUUUUCAGUGUCACCAACUGUUUUUCUCGUCUUCAUCUUUGGUAGAGUUUAAUGAUUUUAAGAGGAAAUCUUUGAGUUUUGCACUGAUGGUGGAAUCAUGAAAGAGGCAAUUUUAAGAUGUUCAUUCAGACCAAGUGGGCAAGAGGGCAAACAAAGAAGUGAGUAAAUGCAUAUAUACCGUAUUUUUCACACUAUAAGGCGCACAACCGAUGAAGUGUCUAUUCGCGUCUAUUUUCAUACAUAAGGCGCACCAGAUUAUAAGGUGCAUUAGGCCAACCAAAACAGUCAGAUAAGUCAAACUUUAUUUAACUAAUUCAAUAACUCUGCGAGGCUACGGUAGCUGCAGUGCUCCGACAAGCCAAAAGGAUUUUAAGUGCGCCUUAUAGUGCGAAAAAUACGGUACAUGCAUAUUAGUGGUGGGAAUCACCAGUGACAUGAUGAUACAAUAUUAUCACUUGAUACUUGGGCCACGAUAUGAUAUUAUUGUGAUUUUUAACAUUUUGCAAUACAGUGAGUAUUUCGAUACAAUAUAUUGCAAUUUAUACAAUUAUUUCAACUGUUAAGCUAAUUUAGUAUUUGUCUUUCCUUUUAUAUUUGUCUUAUUUACACUGACAUUUUUUUAUUUUAUUUUUAUGUAGCACAUCUUGAAACCUUGUGUCAGGUCCCUCGCACUUGGGCCCUGUUUGCAUUCCUAAUGUCUUUCCCCAGGCGCUGCCGUGUUUGUUGAACUAACUUUCUCCUUCGCCAACCUCACUGGAAAAAACAGUUGACUGUAUUUUUUCCAUUAUCCCAGAUUUGACUUCAUAUUCACAAUUAAUUGGAAAAAAUCGAUACUUUGUAGAUGAGACGAUAUGAUAUAUCACCGGACAAAAUAUUGCAAUACUAUGCUGUAUCAAUUUUUUUCUCCCACCCCUAAUGCAUAUAUAUAUAUAUAUAUAUAUAUAUAUAUAUAUAUAUACAUACAUGUGUGUUUCUGUACACAAACAUAAAGAAAUUUUUCUCCUUGGAAGCAGCCACCCUGCAACACAACACAGAACUACUUUCAUAUGCUUUUUAUUAUUUAGCCAGUUGCUGCAUCAAGUCAACCUGGUGGAAGACAGAGUAGAAGAGAGUGUUUUUUUGUGUGUCUGUGCACUAGAUUUUGUAUUAAUAGACGUUUUUGGUGGGAAAAAAAAUCCCACUUAUAAAACCAUCACAGGAGCUUAAUGUCCUAUAAGACCACCAUCACAUUACCACCAGGAAAGGUGAGCAAUGGAGUCUUUGGGCUCUAUUUUCGUGCCCGACGGCGGCGUGGUGGAGGCAGGCGGACCCUGCGCAGUGGUAUUUCCGUCUGGCGGAGCCCAGCAUACAGCCAGUUUGAUAUUUUCGUAGACUGAGGCACAAAAAUAGAGCCCUUUGAGUUGAGCCUCUGAGCAGCAGAUGUUAAUACCUCCAUGUCCACACACCGCACCUUUACCUCUAAUAGAUUUCUUGACAAACUAAGUGUCCAAGAUUAAACUCCUCACCUCUGUAGAGUACAUUAAGAGUAUUAGUCUCUGUGAUUUUGAAGUUAUCUACUCUACAAAAAGGAUAGUUUCCAAAUGUCCUGUUUGCUUCUUUUUCAUGUUUCCUCGGUUAUAGCAAGAUUGAUUAUGGGGGGAAAUUGGACUGUGAUUUGAAAGGAACACGCUAUCUUGAAAACUAACAGUAGUCUGUGCCAUAAUUUAAAGCUCAUUUUUCACCACUCUUGACAUUAUAUAGACUCAGAGAUCGUAAUGUACACAAAACAAGUUGUCCAUUUCAGCAGCACGUUUUAUUUUCUAUCUCUCCUUUAAAAAAAAAAACAACAGCAGCAGUAGCAGCAUCACUCAUUUUUAUCAGCACUGUGUCAGUAGUACCCGGCAGCCUUUUAUCCAAAAAUACUAUUGGCUGCUCAAACACAGACACACACACACACACAGAGGCUCUUCUUUUGCUCUUGCUUCCUUACAUCCAGUUCCUCUUGCAUGCCGACAUCCUCUCACCUAUUUCUCAAUGACUGCAUCACUCUCCUACUUUUUACACCCCGCUCGCGUCCGGGAUUCUCCUCAUCGCGUGUUUUCAUAUUCAGCACAGCCUCUUCCUCCUCCUUUCAUCUUGACUCUAUCUACUUACCAUUCUCUCCAUCCCACAGCCAUUGUACCUCUCUCCCCCCCAUCUCAAACUUCUCUUCCCCUCCUCUUCCCUCCCCCUCCAAAGCCUCACCCCCUUUCUCUAAAUAUAGUCCCUUUGAAGCAGAGCUGUGUUGUCUCUUUCUGCAACACUGCGAGACAAAAGUCUGUCAUCUCACAUCUGAGCGGGUAGAAGAGAAAAGCACAGAUAAGAUUGAUGGCCCAAAAAGAAACACCGGUUAAGAGAAUUGAUAUUCAUCUGCCUGCGCGUGGGUGUGUAAAUGAGGAGAAGGGGGUGGGAGAUGAAAAGGGAGGAGAGGAGAGGACCCAGAAAGAAAAGGAGCAGGAGAGGAAGAUGGCGAGACAGAAAGAAGGAGGUAGAAGAAAGAGAGAGAGAGGUGCCGUGACAUUUCUGAUCCACAUUUUGUAAUUGAAUAAUAAUCUCUCUGGAGGCCUGACCUAGUAAUGUAUGCACGUGUGCGCAUGUUUGUGUGUGCGUGCCUAAAGCUGUGUGUGUGUUUGCACGAUGUAUACACAGUGAGGGAUGGUUGAGAGUGUGUAGCAGAAAAUGUGCAAGGAAGAGGAGACAGCCAGGAGGGGAAAAAAAGGAGAAAAAGAAAAGAAAAGAGAACGAGAGAGGAGGUUUGCUUUUUUGACAGGAAGUGCAAUAGGUCCCCCUAGUGGUAUAAAGGAGUAAUUACAGCUCAGGUUGGUCACACGUCACUGCAGCCAAGAACAAUUCCCAUCUCAUCAGCUCACCUGCAGGAGCCCCUCUAAUCACUUCUACUUUGUCUAAUUACAGAUUGUGUCAUUAACAUAAUAAGUAUACUUAGUGUUAUAAACAGCUAAGAUCACAGCAUGAGAGCUGAACAAGAAAUCAAACCGCACCAAUGCCUCAGUGGUUCAAUAAAUCAGCUGACGGGUUACCGUAUGUCUCUCUCUCACACACGCACACACGCAUACUGAAAAACAGACAACCUUAAAGUGGCCUUCCUAACAACCUCGUCCAUCAGUGUUGGUUGCCAUGGGAGCUGGGCCCAUCAUAUGCACCACGUGCAGGCCGGUUCCCCUUGCGGCCGGAGCGAUACAUCGCCCCUGACAGGAACUCCUUCCGCCUCAGUGACCCGGCCCGUAGCUGGCUCAGGGGGAGAGACAGGAGUGCAGAUUAUCAUUCUCAGCAGCGUCCUCAGCACUCACCAAGGGGCAUUUAGUGGGAAAAUGUGUUUUUUUUUUCUAUGCAGAGGAGUGAGAAGGUGUAGUAGUUUCUCUCUUGGAGAACAGAUGGUGUCAAUGCACACCGAGGGAGAGGUCCAGAGUUCCCCGGCUUCUUUUUAGUGUUACUUUUAUGAUGAAGAAAGUGGUGAAGUGAGCAGAUAAGAAUUUAAUAAUCAUUUUGAUGAAUUGAUUCAAGUUAAAGCUCCUGUGAAGAGUUUUGAACUGGUUAUUAAACACACCAGGAUUAAUAUAAACGCUUCAAUUUGACCUUCUGAAGCAAAUGGCACCCUGACUACCAUAAAAUUUGUUGUAUAAGAGACGCUUUUAAUACCAUUUACAUCAUCUAAAAAGUGAGUUGCAUCCUAAUACAAGUGUGACCUAUACUGGUAUAAGCUACAGAGAGUAGUAUCGUGUUGUUUGUUGUGUAGCAAGCAACCACUUCGAUGAAAUACACCACUCACACAACUUUUGAAUGAUUUUUUGCCACAUUAGAAAACAGCAGCAUACAAUAAAGUGAGUCUGGUCCACGGCUGGUUUGAUUUAAAUGACUCUAAGACAAGAAGUGACCAGUAGAGGGUCUGAACUACCUCACAACACUAACCGCUCCUAAAAUCCGAGCUAGCAGGGUGAUAAAAACAGAAGCUAGCAGCUAGAAGGAUUGGCAUAGAAACAGCUGUGCAAUGGAGGCCUCUAACAGGAACACAGUUUGAACCCCCUCCAAAAGACCAGACUGUAUCAUAUACCAGUGGGACUUAUAUUCUACGGUAUUCCUAUAUAUGUCUCUUUUUAUUGUCUGAAAACACUGCCAAAGGGUAGGUUUUAGAUGAAGUGCCCAUUAGUAAAACAACCAUUCUGUUACUCUCUAUAGCAAAACAUAUGUUAAUUAGUGCAAACAAAUAGUUUGACGGUUUAUAAAUCAUUUUAAGUUUAUUUUUUAGUUUGAAAUGGUGCAAAGACAACAGAUGAAACUGAAAAAGAAAAAUGUUGUUUGAUGAAAAUUAUAUGCACUUUGAUGCCAGCAACAUAAAGUGACUUUUAAAACCUACUGGAGAUAUUAUUGUUAAAAGAUUUAGAGAAUCUGGAAGAAUCCUUGUACAAAAGAGACAAGGCUAAUAACUGAUACUGAAUAGCAGUUAGGGCUGGACGAUAAACUGAAAAUUUACCGAUACUGAAAUUUACGACUAUAACCAACAUCAUCUUGUCCAUAUUGGUAUAUUCGGUGUCAAAAAAAAUAAAUAAAAGUUGGUUUUGGAUGUGUGUAGGUAGGCCAUGGUCUCGUGUCCCCACAUCAGAGACGUACUCCACCCCAUCCAGUCUGUAUCAAAGAGGGAAAAACAGGUGAGGAGAUGGAGGACAGUUCAAAAGUUGUAGUGGCUGGAGCGGCUGCUGAAGUAUAUGAGGUUAAUGUGGGAGGGGGUGAGCAGUUUGUGGAGUAGUUACCGUCCAUUUACCGUUAUCGAGGUGAACUGCUCAAUAUAUCAUGAUCUUGAUUUGAGGCCAUCUCACCCAGCCCUAAUAGCAGCGAUCUUAGGUCUGUAAAAACAGACAUGACUCUGCGGUGGGAGUCACAGCAUGGGCUCAGAAGCCCAACCAAAAUCCAUUUUCUGCAGACAGCUGUUAGAUGUUGUUUGACUGUAAUAUAUUGGAAUAAAAAAAGUUUGUGUUUUAUUUCAGGUUAUGUGCAGGGCUCCUUCUUGUCUGGAGAAAGUAAUGUCUGAAGUCUGGUUGCCUGGCAACCUCACGCUCAAAAUGUCACACAGUUGCUUUUAACAGAGAAACAAAACAAGGUGUUUUUUUUCUUCUUCUCUGGUUACUUAUCUACAUCUCUGUCUGUCGUUCUUUCUCCCCCCUCCUCCUCUCUCUCUUCUCUUCCUGUCUGUGUUUUUGAUCCAGGUUGCGGAGGGAAGGCUACACAGUGCAGGUCAGUGUCAAUGACUACCUGGACAUCUACUGCCCACACUACAACACAAGCCAGCGGGGGACACUAGAACGCACCGUGGCUGAGCAGUACAUCCUCUACAUGGUCAGCUACCGCGGCUACCGCACCUGCGACCCUCAGCUGGGCUUCAAACGCUGGGAGUGCAACCGGCCCCACGCACCGCACGCUCCCAUCAAGUUCUCCGAGAAGUUCCAGCGGUACAGCGCCUUCUCACUGGGCUACGAGUUCAACGUGGGCCAGGAGUACUACUAUAUCUGUGAGUGGGGGCCAGUAAACAGCCUGAGGAAGCUUCACAUCCAAUAUUUGAAUAUCGUCUCCUCGGCUGCUGUCACCCACUCAUAUUGACAAUGUGUGGGUGUUGCUAAUAGAUUCUUGAGGUUCAGCCGAGGACAGGCGGUUGCUCUGAUUGCUGAGGGUGUAGUGGCCUGCAGAGGGCACAAGGUUGACAUAACGUGUAUGUGUGUGUGUCUGUGUUUCAGCCACGCCUACCCACCACCACGGCCACAGCUGCCUGAGACUGCGAGUCUUUGUCUGCUGCUCCACUGGUGAGACCAAACAACCCUCCUCCACUCAUUUCUAUCCCUCUGUGACACUUCAUCUACACUUUCCCUCCCCACUCACAUCUCUUUCUAUCGCCCAAACAAACAAACAAAGAGGCAGAGAGACGCAGACAGAGAGGCAGAGGCACAAAGAUCUGACUGUCUUGUCGCAGAAAAGAGGCUUUUCCGCCUGCGUGCCGUCUUGGCGAGAUUCUGAUGAUGGCGUCUUUUUCCCUGGAAGCAGCUUCUUAAUGUUAGCCAUUAUAGUAAUGCUCUCUCCCUCUCUUCCUGUGAGUGAUGCGCUCUUGAACCUGUACGAAAAGAUAUAAAACAAGAAAAUUCUGCAGGAUCCUCUCUCUCUCUCUUUCGCUCUCUCUGUCACUUUCCAUCCCUCUCUCUCCCACUGUCUCCCCCCUUUCUCUUCCUCCCUGGCUCUCUUCUGAAGCCUGCUGCUCCGUGUAGUGUGUGUGUUAUUUUUACCCUGCUCUCUCCCCUGCAGGCCUUUGAUCAGGCAGCCCAGCGCUGAAAGCCUCCCCCCCUUCCCUCUCUCCUCUAACCUUGUCAGCACUAAUACAUCCCACACUCAGGCCAAUGUCAGUCCCUGUGUACACAUCACCUUAACACCCCCCACCCCUGUCCCGGUGUCACGCCUAAUCUAUUGAUGUGUCUACCAUGCCAGCGUUCGCUCCCAGAUGCAAGAGUUUGACCAUGUGUGUGUUAGUGCACAUGGUUGUAUGUCAGCUAUAAAUCUUUUCAACUUGAGCGUGUGUGUGUGUGUCUUUGUGUGGAUGAAUGGGCAUGUGUGCAUUGGUGUAUUUCGUCCGUUUACAAUCCACAACCUUUACCCAGCAAGGUCAUCUUAACAGCUUGCUAUCAGAGAGCUGUUGACUCCAGCCGCCUCCACACCGUUUUCAUCUUCUCUGUGUGUGUGUGUGUGUGUGUGUGUGUGUCGCCCACCUUAGAUUAAGAGACCUGAAGAGAAGAAAUAGAUGUGAAUAUUCAUGCCAUAUGCUUUUCAUCUUUUACUACUUCCUUCACAAAUACGCUUUCGCAUCCUCGUUACUGUGCGACAGAAUCACGGACACAUAUAUUUAAAAUGACAAAAAAGCAAAGUAUGCACAUCUACAAACCCACAUAUCUAUCAUUUGUCAGUAAUUUGGCUUCGCAGACUGGAUGUAAUUCAGUGUCUAGACGACAAAAUUGAAAAAAUGAUUUCUGUCCAACGUUUCCAAAUGCUUUUAAUCACCAGAGGGAAGUCUGGAUCCUCAGUCCAGCACUCUGCUUUUAUUCUAAUUUACAUUUACAUAGUGACUAACCACAGGUUUUUAAACAGUAACAAGACACUGUAAUCUCACGGUACAACACAUAAACAACAGAGGAUUAAAUACAUAAACAAAUCAUAGACAUUGAAUAAGAUGAAACAAAUAAGUGGCAUAAUUUCCAAUACAUAUUCAGCGCAAAAGGCUGUUUAUUUUACACAGUCUAAGUACUGUAAUUCCAAUUCAUGGAUUGUAUAAACACAGAUAUAGUCACAGUGGCUCACUUUUUAAAGAGGCAUAAUACUUUCUUAAACUCACUUUUAAUCAGUCUAAAACAAGUACAGACGACUUAGCAAACACCUUAUAAAACUCAUUUAUUAAUCAGUUCUAACCUGUGCAGUGUGGAAAUAAAGGAAUAGACCAUAUGAAUCAUUUUUUCUUAAUCUAACAAGACUUUGAAUAUGUUGAAACCUGCGUUAAAACUUGGCAUUUUCACAUAAGACCCAAUAGGACUUCCUUGUUUAACACAAGACUGAGCCAAUGUGGAGGAGCAUGAACUAUAGAUCCUUAAGUGUUCACUUAGGACUGGAUCCAAAAGGCCAGGAGAGCCAAAAACACAACCAGAUGAAAAUUCUACUUUUUACAGCAGAAUUUCACAUUUACAGCCUGUUUCUGUCUGAAUUUCCCAUCUCCUUGUUUUCACACACUGUCCAGGUGUUAUCAGUUUGACUUGUAUACUCAUAAUUAGAUGUGUGACCGGUUUAACAGAGAGGCUGGUGCAUUUUAUCUGUUAGCCAAGAGGUUACAGGUCCACCUCAACUCCACCUCUCAGACAGAAAUUAUCCUGAGUCAGCGUUUUCAAUAUGGCAGCUGUCGGGCAUCAAAGCUUCCCUUCAGAAAAUAACAUGUGGUGUCACUGCAACAGUACGGAUAUUUUAUUCAGUCUAUGAUUUUAACUUGAGGCCUGAUGGGGUGUCCUCAGCUAAUGCAGCCAGCCUCUAGUGGACACUCAACGAACUGCAGAUUUUCCUCUUCUUGGCCCUCCAAAAGUUUCACUUUGGUCCAGUUAGGGUUUAAAGUUGGAUUUAAACAUUUGCAUCUGUCUUAUGGAGAUUUUCUGCUUCCCUUCCCGUGUUUUUCCUCAUCUGUUCAUAUUUUUUAGCUGCUAAAAUGCCCAUUUUGUUUGACUUUCCUCUUUCUCUCCCUCUGUGUUUGUCUUGUCGUCUCUUCUUUCCCUCCUCCCUCUCCUUUCCUUCCUUCUGUCUUUGUCUGUUUACGUGUUGUGUUUCUCAGUUUCCCAGGCAGAUGAUGACUCCAGUCAGACUCCUCCUGACUACACAGUCAGGCCAAACCUGAAAAUACACAACAUCGGUGAGUGAGGCUGAGCUGCUGCUGAAAGAGAACAACAGCCAGUCGCCAGAUGCUGGUCAAUAUUUGGCUGCGGCUGCAGAGUAUGAUUUGUGUACCAAUCAUUGUGGAAAAGAACCAGCCAUUUGUUAGUUUUUUCUUAAAUUCUAUGGUUGGCAAAAGGAAAUCCCCAGACUGAAGCCGGUUGAUGAGUAAAACAUUAUUUUCAGCUCUUGAGAGUUGUGCAAUUCGGGGAAGACUGUAAACACUGCGACUUGAUUCAGCAACAGUGACACACAUUUAGUAUUUACACCAUUCAACCCAGUGACCCCCUUUAACCCCCCUCAGCUUUGUAAGGUAAACCAGUUUCAGUUAAUGUGUCUUAUCUAUCAGUGAUGAUAAAUUUAGACAUACCAAAGUGGUAAAACCGCACAGACAAUAUGCUGGAAUGAUAUUGGCCCAGAUACUGACCUCAUUACACAGUUCAUUUGUCUGUGUCAUUAUGAAAUUAAAUGUUUCCUUAGUGACAUUAAUUCAGUGGUGACAGCACAUUAACUCAGUUUUAUGACCACAGCAGUACCUGGCCUCAUGUUUCCUUAUAGUGAAGUUAUUUUAAUCGUUUGCACACAGUGGACAAAUAUGCAGAACUCAAAAAGUAUGAAGCAGAUUCAAUAUUCAGUAUCACAGAGUGCAAAUUGAUGGAACUUUUAUUUGUGUAGAUUUUGGUGUUUUAUCUUAUCGUGGUGGAAUGAUGACUAUGUUAUGUCAAAACUUUAGCACAUCUAGUUAAUGAAAACAAAUAAAAUUCAUCCAGGACCACUUUUGCAAAAAACAAACAAUUUAUUACUUGCAUGUAUUAUUUGUAUUAUGACAGUGGAAACAGCAAGAAAAGUAAGGUUAAAGCAGUUCAAUUAAACGCCCAUUAUAAUAUUUGCCAGUUAGAUUAGGGUGACCAAAUGUCCUGUUUUUACGUCCUGUCCUGGUUUUUUUCCAUAGAGUGAUAAAAGUGUCCUAGUGUCUGUUGUUUUUCAGUGGGCCACUAUGGAUGAAGGAGAAAGCUCAAGAUAUAAAAUAAUUUAUUUCUGGACCAAGUCCUGGUUUUUGUUUUCGGUCAUCAAAUUAUGGUCACCCUAAAUUAGAUGCCAGGAAGGUUUUCAGCUGAGCAGUCACCUAAACAUGUAUUUUUUUUUUUUUUUUGUGAUAGAAACAAAAAUGUGCAUCAAAUACCUCUGGAGCCGCUGAGAAAAUGCCUAGAAAUUGUCAUGUCUGCUGAAACAAAGAGUUAACUUAAAAGCUUUUAUCUGUAUCUCCAUAUCAAAGUGUGACAUUUUUAAAGUAAGGAGUCCAAACAUCAAAGGUUGUCAUUAACAUCCACUUAAGACAGCUAUCUUAUCUCAAAGGCAGGUGGUUUGACCCCACCCUGCUGCCAUCAUCAUAUCGCUGAACAUGUUCUGUACAUGCAGGCGUGAUAAACACAAAAGAAAGAAAAAAUCCUCACUGUAAACUAUGAGGAAACAGGCGUACUAACAGAACUAAUCAUGGUCUGGUUUGCUCUAUAGAGCACAUAGAGGUAUCGCACACCGCUAUGUUUUGAAGGUAUCAGGAUCGGCAUCAAGGGGAAAAAGGUUUAGUUAAAAAAAUCAUGAAAUUUUCAAGUGUCAGAUCUUCGUGAUGGUCAAGAACCAUUUUCCUAUAUGUUGAUAAAAAUCCCUGUUUUAGGAGAAAUUACAGUACAUCAGCACAGUUGUCUGUAAACUUAAAUGAGUGUAUAAAAUGGAAAGUCGGGUUUAAUUUAUACAGUUUGUCUUAGUUUUUAUCUGUGUUGCCUCAAUACCUAACUGAACACUUUUAGGGGGAUUAAUUAUUGGCAAUAUCUGUACCUAAAAUCAUGACUAAAUGUUGAAAAGUAGAUCAAAACUUCAACUUAUUGCCCUUAAAUGUCCCCCUGUCUUACACACAAACACACACAUCUUCACGCAGGUAAAACCAAACGAAAAUCCUCCGUGCAAAAUCUCACAGGGUCAGCAGAGGUCUUGUAAGGAAUGAAAGAUCCGUGUUUACCUUAGGAGAAAGCAUGUCAGCUGGGGACUCAACUGUGCAGCUGAGUGGUUACAUAAACCCUCUAUUUUUUCUCUCUUUUUUUUACUCUCCAUUCUCAUCUCAAACAAAAAGCCUCUUUCCGGGGAACCAUUUAGCAUGCUUGUGUGUCUGGGAGCUGUGGGCAGCCUGUGACGAGGGGCUAAGAGAGUGUGACCUGACCAAGAUGGAAACUGAGACCAGAGGAGGCAGAGCGAAGAGAGCUCUUCAGCCAUCAGUACUGAGUAACUUCAGGAGAGGGAGAUAAAAGAGAGAAAGGAGGCAGAGAAAGAGAGAUGCAGCAGCAGAAAGAGGGACAGGGAAAGAGAGAAACAGGCAGAGAAAGAGAUAAAAACCAGAGUGGGGGCAGAAAAAAGGGGGGCAGGAAGAAAGAAAGGCUCAGUGGUGGGCGAAUUGCUCAGCAGUAACUCCGGCUCGAGCUUAUGUACAAUUUAAUAUAAAAAAACACAAACUGGCAGGGAAUCAUAAAAAAUCACAGCCUCCAGCGUUGUGAUGCAUUUUACUGAAUACAUUUGGAGGGAUAACAAAAUCAGGACACACAGAUUUAUGCACUCAAACAGACACACACACACUUUGAAACAAACCCAUAGCACUGAUGGCACAUCUGACCGCUGGACACCCACUCCCUGACUCACCCUGAGGACCAGACCGGCCCACAGACUGGCUCGGCAUCAACAAAUCUCUGCCUUUCGCUCCACAUAUGUUUGGACUUGCUGUCAACCUUGUUCCAUUAUUAUUAGCUCUGCUCCUACGUCACAUUUUCCUUAUUUAACACGGUGUCUUAAGGAUAACUCCGGUCUGUUCCAACCACCAUCUCUGCGGGGACAAAUAAGGCUGUUUUCAGCAAGAUAACCGCUGAAAUACAGAACCACAGUGACAGACAAGACAAGAAACAUGAGCAGCAAGAUGUUUAUACCGAUUUCUGUGCAAAUCCACAAUUCAGGCAAAUUCCUUCCAAGAAAAACUGAAGACAGAAAACAAGACUUGUUCACUACCUUGUCAUCUUAGUCUUGUUUGAGCUUGUCUUUCUCGCCCAAUUAGGAAGUGUGUCCAGCUUUCGUUCAUCACUUUGGCAGGUCUGUUAUGUAACAUAAAUAACAAGGAUGAGCGCUAAGUUAUGACUAGUGUUGUAGUCAAGACCACCUGAGCCAAGAUCUAGUCACAAAGACAAAAAAAUACUUGAUUCUGUUUGGUUAAAAACUCAUAACAAUGGUGCUCACUAAUGAAAAAGAAGAGCAACAACAGGUACAAACAGACCACAUGUUGUUUUUGUUUAAUCAUUGACCAGUUUAAGUUGAGAAAAGAAGAAAAGAGGAGGAAAACAGUGUAGAAAAAACACCAAGGGAUGUUGAAACACAGAAGGACCUGAGCGAACAAGACGUCCAAAAUAAGUAAAACACCCAAAGUAACCUCAAACCUCAACAUGGUGAGGGCACUGACUGUGUGAAAUGAAGUCAUAGGGAAGAAAACCUUAUGCAGGUGCUGCUGUUAUUCUCUGAAUGUCAGUGGAAAAAUUCCAGUGAACAUGUUCAGUUUAGUGUGUUUUAUAACAGCACAGAGGACUCAGACGUUAAUAAACACGGUUCACUUGAUUUUUGGUUUUAAAGUUUGGGUUUGUCGGCUAAUGUUGAGAUUUGAACGUGACUUAAAUGUUGAGUUCAGUGUUAAUUUGACUCAUGAGGGCUAUUUUCUUUUAAGCUACUUUAAUUAAACAAUAACACCCCAUAGGAACAAAAGAUAGUUUCUAAUUGUUUGUAUCCUCACCUGCUUGGAAAAGUCUUGUUUGACAUGUUAUCCACCAUGCCUGUUUUUGCACUAAAUCAAUGUUAUGUCAUUAAAUUUACUCAAACAGGCCAAACUCCUCCUCAGAAUAUACAAAAGUGGUGAACAAGUACAAUAGUUAACCUUGUAGGAAAGACAAAACUCCAUUUACGGAAAGAAAACUUGAGCAGAACCAGAUUUAUUUAUGUGCAGCCAUCAGCCUUGACUGGAUGGACCCAGAAUGAGAAAAGGAAAGAGACACAGAUGAGAGAGAUGGAUGGAUAAAAGUAAAAACACAGAAAAUCAUCCCUGAAGAGAAUCAUUUGCAGAGGGGAAAUUUAAUGCAAAGCAAAUAUGCAUGUAAGUCCAUCAUGUUAUCAUGUUAUCUCACAAUGCACAGGCGAUUCGGUGAUAUCUGCUCUUUUGAGGAAUACGUAGUGAAGCCGUGGUCUGGAUUUGUCCCACAUACUCUUGAAAAAGACCUUCACAAAGUAUAACCUUAAACUGUAAUAACCCGGAAUUAUCCUUUGAGUGUGAACUGACUGGAUGUGCCCUGUAUUUGGAGGAGGAUUUUUUACUUUCAUUCCCUUUGCAGCACACCUCUGCACAGCUUGUCUGCUAUCAACUUUAAUAUGUAUUAUGAAUCGCAGAGAUCCGUCAUGGUGGAGGAUUUUAUAGCAAAUGGGUCUCUUGCCACAAACUUGCUGUAAGAAUUCAGCAUCAGUCUUGCUGUUUAUUGCUUGAAUUAAUCAUAACUAGAUUCCUGCAGCAAAAGCUCCUACGAAUUCCUCCAUCUGUGACAGACUCCCCUCACUCCUUCCUCCUGUAUUGAGCGUUUGCAGCGGCAGAAAGGGAUGAGAGGCUUAGACAUAAAUAAUGUGUUGGACCAGGAAAUACAACCACAAAUCACUCUAGGAGGCAUGAGUUGGCACUGGCAGGUUUGAUUUACAAUGAAGUACAAGAGCUUUAUUGAUCCCCAAAGGGAAAUUUCAUUUUUUAAGUGGUCUGAUUGGCGUAUAAUGUGGACAUUUCAAUGUUUUACUUAAUAAAGAACAUUUUAUUGCAUCAAUCAAAUCAAAGUACUUUAUCAGGGGAUGCUUGUCUGUGCACCAAGUAACAAGAUCUGAGAAAUCUCAGUCCAGGACUACAGAACUACACUUGGUAUAGACAGCUGCUCGUCUUUACGCCUACUGUCUCUGUGUUUUUGCAUUUAAGUGUUGACCCACACGUACGUACAUGGACAUAUUGCCCCGGUUAGAUUAGCUAAUCACCCAUCACACUGUGACAACACCCCCCCACUGAGUUCUACAGCUACCACAUGGUUCGGAUCAUCGCCUCAUGUUCUUUAUGCAUCAGUGCGAGUCAACCACGGCUGGAGGAUUUAUCAGAGCAGACGACCUUUACCCACUCAUCGACAGUCCACAGCCAAUGUGUCUUAUCUCACUGUAAACGCCUUGGGCAGUAUACCGUGGACAGGAGAGCUGCCCUGCAUGCUCGCCUGUUGUUGCACCCCAACCAGACAAGACUGAACUAGAUUGUGUGCCGGGAAAUUGAUUGCUGUAUCCCACAAAUGCGCUGUGAUGUUAGGUGUCCUACUGUGGACCUUUGAUAACUUGUUAUGGCCCAAGGCGUCAGACGUCCCCCACAUUUAUCUUCCAAGGGCGGCCUCUUUAAAUAGCGGGGGUUUUGAAAAGGUGCAUGUUGUGCAGCUUGGUGAUUGUCAAAGCAGCUGGCACCCACAGACAGGACUGAGAUCCGUGAAAGGACCAGUCCACAUGUUGGAAAUUGAAAAGUGCGUGUAGUUUCUUUUGAAAAAGUGAGGUGAAUCUUGCUUCAUCUGUUUGCUGUGUGAUAGAGACUUUUACACAAACAAACCUGAUGUUGUGAGGGCCUUACUACGACCUUUGAGUCCUACUGGUUCAGAUUCACCCUCCUCCUCCUUCUUCUUCUGUGUGAACGCCUGCGUCACGUUACAACUCUGAUAUGGACAAGCAUCUAACCGCAACCAGGACAAACCAGAGCGGUUGAAAUUCCAGACAUUCAUCAGAUAUCAGCUGUCAUGUAGUCGUUGUCUCAGAGUGUUAUCUCUCAUCACCUCCGUGUUUUUACUCGUAGCCAAUUACCACCUCUUUUAUAUCCAGCCAACCCGAGACGAGGCUCGAACAUCACAGCGAAACGGCAAAUUGAAGUCUGCGUGUUUUGCUGAAAGCUGGCUUAAUUGAUGGAAGACGAUGUGUUGUCAUGGUGACAGCACAAUAAAGUAAAAGUAAUGGAACUUCAGCGGGAAGAGGGAGAUUUUCGUCGGUCAUUUGCUGCACUUUUUCAAACAGAUACACCCCUCCUUGUAUCAAAACAAGUACUUUUCUUCUUUCAGGUGUAAUUUCUGGCUGUUAAACCUAAAUAAUGGUACAACAUUAGCGUUGCAUCUCAAGGCUUUAAACUCCUCCGUCUCUCUUCUUUUCUACUUGCGUCUUUCUUUUAUGUCUGAGUUGCAGCUUUCUUCUGCACUUAAGUAGAUUACCUGAUGGACAAAAUAGGUUUUCUAACAUCUUAAUGUGGCUAACCCAGGUUUUUCUUGAAGUUGUGAUUGUAUAAGCAAGAUUACUCUCUUCUUUUUUCUCUUUAUUUUGGCGCGUAAUAACCCUCUUGAUUUAAUGGGGAACAUUAUGUCGAGACAGAGCAUAAUGGCUCGGUGUAAUCCACUUUUUACUGAAUAUUACGAAAUGUGUUCUCCCAGCUUUUCUCUCUGUCUGUCCCCUCCAGCUAAUGUUCUGUUGUGUCUAAUCAAUGGCGAGGCCAUAGUAAUUUGGUUUGAUUGAAAUCCCUCUAGGAUAAAAACAUCAUUAGCGUGAAAAGAGGAAUACAUGGAGGAAUAAAACAGAUCAGAAACAAAAGUGUUUUUAAUUUUCCAUCCCACGGGGGAAAAGGCCAUAUGUAGCCACGCUGAUGAUAAUUGGUGGUUUGUUGAUAAUUGCAUCAUGUCUCUUUCUCUGCAUAUGUUAAAGCACAAUUUGCAUGCAUCACACAUUACUUUUAGAUGGAUGAAUUAAUAAUGUAGUAAUGGUUCAUUUCCUUCUGUCUGGCACACACUAUCUCUCUCGCUCUUUCACACUGGUGCUCCUCUCUUUUUUUCACACUUUCCUAUUUUCUCUGUCUGCGUCUGUCUCUACAGAUGAAUUUAACCCUGAAGUUCCCAAACUGGAGAAAAGCGUCAGUGGCAGCAGCCCAUCACGUGACCGCCUUCUUCUCACCGUGGCCAUGCUGCUCGUGUCGGCCAUGCUUUUGUCCUAGCAAACUGUCACCGGCAGUGACACUUCAUGCACAGCUGGACCGCCUUGUCUAAAGGGCUUUGUAUCCACCAAGUUGAAACACGGAUGAGGAUCGAGCCGAGGUGAAACAGAACCCAAACCGAGAUAACACCGAAAACAAAACAUCCUUGAACUUUACCUGGACUUUGAAAAAGGAGAGGCCUUUUUGCUGUCAUGUUCACACCAGUGUUUUGUGACACCCCACGUGUUCUUGGACCACAAACAUAAGAGAACUCCAGCAUUUCCUGCAGGUGUGUCCGCCACAACAUGACGGCCGAACCCCAAUUCAGAAUCAGACUUCAGUGCUGCUAUCAUGCCUGUGGACUUGUAAUGAGAUGGAUGUAGACUAAGCUUCUUCUUCUUGUAGCAUGGAUAUCAAACCACCUGAGAAAAUGUAAAGAAGGCAGCGACAUGGAUUUAACAGUGAUUUUUAAGGCCUUGGACCUGAUCACCGAUGGAUAAAACAUAAAUGUAGUAAAGAGCGAGUUAGACAGUGCGACUGAGCUGAUCUUACCUGGAAUAAACAGGAUAUUUAUGUAAUCAGUCAGUUCUGAGAACUGCUGCUGUUUCCCUGGACAUUGAGGAAUGUUUUCACGCUGGUGUGAGCGAGCUGCUGGUAAUAAGAGCCUGAGGUGUUUCUUAAGAAAAGAAGAGACUUCUUUUUUUUUUCUUUUUUUUUUUUUUGAGGAUAUCCACGGGCCUUUCAAGAAUCCAUUUUCUCCAGACAUCAAAAAAAUACCCUCGGCUUUGUGAUCGGUACAGCUGCAAAGCCUGCAUUUCUUAAAAGAUAGCAAGUGCCCUCUUAGAGCUAGUCCUUUGUCUGCAUUUCCUGCCUUCACACUUUAACAACCCAAGAAAAAUACAGACCCUGGACUAGUAAUUUGACGGCACUUAGACAUGGUAGAUGUGUGUUUUUUUUUUUGUUUCAAUGCAUUUACCUUCAGCUCUCCUCGUAAGUUUCCGAGGAUGUCAAACCUUUCUCCUCGCAGCAGUCUUUCUCAACAAACCACUCAUUUGCAAUUUUUGAAGAAAAAAGAGAAAAAAAACUCACAGCAGCAAGUUCCCUUUUAAUCCCAGACAACCACGUCAAGCCCUUUUCCCACUUCAGAGGUGCCCAGCCAAUCAGCGCUGAUGCCCAUUACUGCAGUCACCAUCACCAUGGAAACGACCCCAUACAGUCGCCAGAGUGCGGCAGGUGCCUGAGGAGAACUUGUGCUUUGAGACUCAAAGAAACGCUGCCGCCAUUUUGUUAAAAAAAUACAAGAAAAACAGAAAGAAGAAAAAAAAAACAACAACAACAAACACGUGUGAAUGUGCAAAUAAAGACAAGUUCACUUUUUUAUAUUGUUAUAAAGGACAACGUAGGCUGGCAUUAAUCAACAUUACAACGUUGUGCUUUUUUUAAUUUAUUUACUUUUCAAAUGUAUUUAUUUUAACAUUAAAGUAUAUUAUUUAUCUACCUAAUUUAUUAGUGUGCAUUUGUAGGCCUUUGCUCUAUAAGCUAUGUGCCAAUUUUUUUAUUGUUUUUUUUAAACAGUGGAAUUUUUACUGCAGCCUUUUGCUUGUGUAGAUAAAAAAAAAAAAGGCCGACGUGAUUCAGUCCGACAAUAAGAGGAGAGGGUUAUCAGUUCUGACUAAUCAGUAGGGAUGUACACUCAGUAACCCUACUCUCAUGUAACAGAUACUGCUAACAAGAUUAUGUUGCUGAGGAGCAUGAUACAAACCUACUGUGAUGCACAGGCGGAGAUGUUCGAUGGAAGUGCAGCAUUCCUCCAGUGCUGCACUUGCAAAACAAAGGAGUGUGCAUUGUAAUGUAUAUUUAUAAUACAUGCCGGUUAUGGAAUGUGUGUGCGUGUGCACAAAUGGUAUGAGUGUGUGGCUUUAUCUGCCUGCUUUUUGCGUGUGUGUGUGAGAGAGAGAGAGGAGGAGAGAGUGUGUGAAAGGGUGCGAGAGGAAAAAUAAAAACAUAUGUGUGCACUUCUGCGUGCGUAUGUAUGUAGAAUGUGUUUGUCCGCGCUUUUUCAAGUAUGUGGCAUUUAGAGAUUUCGUACUUGUUAAGGAGUCGUUUGUAGGAUCUGAAUAUGCAAGUGUGUCUGAGAGAAUGUGCUCUUCUGUAAUGUUAGUUUACGUUACGGGGUUUAGGGGCGCCGGGCGGAAAGCAUUUACCGAUGUUCAAGACAACCACAAGAAAAGUGUUUACCUUUGAUGAGAAUGAUGAGAAAAAAAACUGUAAAUUGAUUCAAGAAUGAUUAAAACAUGCCGAUUAAAAUCUUUUUGCAAAUUUA